AUGAAGAGCCGUUCAGCGCAACCCCAGGGAGAACUCGAGAGAGGGGAAAGGAUGGCAGACAAGCCCAGAAGAAGAAGCUGGAAGCUGGCCAGGUAACGCUGGGCGGACGGAGCAAUGAAUGCAUACAGGGAUGCAUGGAUGGAUGGAUGGAUAGACGGAGCAGUGAAUGCGUAUAACGGUGCUUUGGAGAGGUGCAUGCGGCCGGCUUCCUGGGUACACAGUCUUUGCAUGCAGCUGAUGCGUCUGUAACGCGCGCCUACGUCUUUUAUGCGGAGAGACGGUCUGUGGGGUUUGAUAUGAACAUGUGUGUGUGUGUGUUGUGUGACACGCAAGCAGGCUGGAUUGUCAGCUCGGUUAUUUAUGUUUGCUGACGGGGUAUCCAAGCACGUCUGGGGCAUUCGUGGACGGGGGCUGUGCAGCGCCCAGAUGGACCCGGAUCAGCCCCGUCCACGCGUCGCGUGGGAAUAGGGCUGCCUCCUCGCAGGGGCCACGCAUCUGAACGUGGCGUGGCAAGGCUCGUGUCUUGAUGUGGCCGCAUGCUUGCGGGGUGCAUGCGUGUGUGUGCCUGUGGCCCUCGCCUGCCUGCCUGCCUGCCUGCGCCUUUGGACCUGGGCAUCUGCCCUGCUGCCAAUUGCUCUCGGGACUUGCCCUCGCUCCAGUCCUUCAUGGCUGCCUCUUCUCCUUUGCCUUGCCAGGGCCCCGGAGUCCAGCAGCCCUGCGUGGAUUUGGGAUCAUCGCUCGCUGGGCGACUCUCUCUUGGAUUCUCCUCCUGCUCCUCCUCCCGUUCCUCUGGGCGACCGGACGUACAGUUGUGGAUUUAUUGUCGCGGUGCGUGCAGCUCCAGCCUCCUCUUCGCCUCCUCCUCCACCACCACCGGCGCCAACACCACCACCGGCUUUCUGACUCUCUUCGGUGACGGGUAUUCUUGGGUGGAUAAUACGGAUUACGUUGUUAUUGCUUAAGAAUACGCGUAGUCGAGGAGAGUACUCGCGGCAGGCGGGUGGGCAGCGACCACCCACCCCGGUUGGCUCCUUAAACGGCUCUAGUUGCCAAGGUAGCGCAUCAUUUUUUAAACAUAUAUAUUUAAAUAAUAAUCAUUAUUUCAUUUUGCUCUCGUACUUCCCUUUUCUCGUACCUCGCAAUCUCCGGCUGCACCAGACCUCUCCACCCCUUCAACCGGGGCGGGGUUGCCUCACUGCAGCUUCCCACUCGGAUACUGCGGAGAUGGGAGGCAGGGAGGGAGGGGGGCGUCUGUGGAGUCCUGGCGUCUGUGCUCGGGCUCCGGACGUCCUCUUUCUUAAUGCGGAUUAUUGACUCCCCCACUUUGUUACUUCUGAUCCACUCCCAACCGGAGUGGAAUUGGUCCGCCCGGGUGCCAGACUCGCAAGCGGGGAUUCUGAUCCGCCUUAAGCCAUUGGGAGGGUGGAGCCGGGGCACGUAUGGAUGGAAGGAAGGGGUGGUGAGGUUGGGGUUGGUAGAGUGGCGGCGGUGGUUUGUCAGGAUGGAAAGAAGUGGCUUUGUGUGUUUGCCCAAAGGUGGAGUCGGGAGUAAAUCUCAAGGAGGACUAGCGGAUUGGGUGUUCAAAUACAAUUUGUACAUUGGUAUCAAGCUUUGCUUCCCGCUUGUGCCUGGCCCGGUUCUAUUGCGUUUUUGGACAGGGGCUGCGUGCUCGGUGGGAACAAAACAAAACUUGAGGGAGUAGCGACAGGUUUAAUUCGGUUUAGCCCUGGACGCUUGGUUUCUCGCUCCAGGGAGGUGGGGUAGGAGUGUCACCCGUUCCUUCUCUCUUGUCUCUUGCGAUGCGGUCCUAAACACGUUGACUCGGAUGUCAACCCCAUUGGCUUUAACGCGUGUUUACUGAGAAGCAAGUCCGACCUUAUUUAGCAGGCCAACUGGCAGCCAACUGUGCGCAGAGGGACAGCCUUAGUCUCUAGCGAUCCUAAUGCAUGGGAUUACAGCUCGAUCUUUGAACUGUUUUCUUGGAAGUCUGGCCGAGAUCCUAGACUCGAAAGAGCCCUUUAAAACCGGCAUAUGAUCCGGUUGCGCAUCUCACUGAGUUCUGUAUGUGUAUAAAACUGCAGCCUUAGAGAGUUGCUUCAAUCCUCGCUACUAGCUACCUUGGUCAGCUCCACGGAACAGGGAUGAAGAAGACCCAAGCUUUCCACAAUAGGAAUUAUAUAUAUAGUGUCAUUUUUAUACACUUCACGCGCACACAAUCCGGAGUUUCAGUUUCUUUAGGAUAGUAGGGUGCGCAACAUUGCGGCAUUUUGAUCAAGAAGUCCUCCCGCAGUGUCUCUGUGUAGACAGGCCGGGGCAGAGAUUCUUUUGGACUUCCCACGCCGUGGUUCUGUAGGAAGGCUUCGGUGACCCUAAUGAGUGCCGUACUGAUGCAAUAGGGAGCCGCUUCCCGCAGGCCUAAGGCGGGGUGUAUAUCCCCCUAUAUAUAAUAAUUACAAUUAUUAUUAUUACUUUGCACCCAAGGCCGAGGCAGUAGGGAGAAAUUUUCCCAAAGUAGGGCAUGUGGUCUCCCGUAUUGUAAAAGAGGAGGAUCUGGGUCCAUUGCUUUCCUGCAGGAAAAAAAGGAAGCAGAGUCUGGGACGAGCUACCACACCCUGAGUUAGCAUUUUACCACCCACCCACCCUCCACUAGCGACUACCAUUUUAAAUCACAGCUCUGGACUCGCUUCUCUUAUUACGCGGGAGAGGAACGUGAUUAUCUAACCAGAGAUAGAUACAGACUCGAAGAAAGAGCGCCUGCUCUCCUUUCAGUUCUAUGGUCAAAAUACAAUCCAGUCCCUAGUGAUGUCCGUUUGGUCUCCCUCUCUUUUGACGUAACUUAUCUUGUGGGGAUGACGAUUCCCCCAUAAGCAAUUCGGGGGAGUCCAAUUUGGGAGAGGGAGUAAUUAGUCCAGAGCAAUAGGAAUAUGCCCUGGUGUGGUUGAGAAAGUGGGGGUUGUUUAUUUGUUCUAGAUCCCUUUGUCCGCAAUUCUUCGCCAUAGCAGCUAUUAAAUUUAACUCGUGGUCUGGCAAUAGAAAACAUACUACGUAGUAUGGUGGUUGUGUCAGUGUGGAGAGGCUUAAGUGGCACAUUCACCUCUGGGUUCAAUCCUGUGCCUUGCUUGCUUCCCACAUCUGAUCCAUAAUUUGCUGGUUGUUCUUCUCUCAUUGUGGGACAACCAACUGGAGUAGAGCAAGGCUGUCGAAGGGACUCCUCGCCUAAGUUCUUUACGAGCCACACUAGAGCUCCUGCUGCGCUCUUCCUUUCCUCCCCGGUUCCAAGUAGCCCGUCUCUCUCUACCGCCUGGGUAAAUUGCCCUUCUUUCGCAGUCAGUUGUUACUACUGCCCGAAGGCUGCCUUGUCCAAAGCAAACCCCAUUGGUGGUGGGGGAGGGGGAUAUGUAAUAAAACCAGGCGACAGCAAGAACGCCCCUCCUCCUCCUCCUCCUCUGACCCUUGGGAUUCAACGGACGACUGACCCCAUUCUAGAAGACUAGCCUAGCCGGGUUUGGCUUUUGCAGCCCAAAUACACCAGAGUCUGAGAGCAUCCUGAACACUCAUUCGGCUGCAAUCCUAACCCGGCUUGCCCGGGAGUAAACCCCACUGAAUUAAACCGGACUUUGAGUAGCUGUGGUUUUAGGAUUACAGCCCGGGACGUUAAUGGUGGCCCGUCGUUAAAUACGUGGUGCCUUAGAUGUGUGUUUGUGUGAGAGCAAAGAGGGAGGACGGGAAUGGGCUAAAAGGUCGAUCAGUGAGAAACGACCAGGACAAACUUCACAAAAGGAUGUCUCUGUCCAAACGUUUUAGUUACUACUGCUAGUAUGGGCCUCCUUUCUAAUCGUUUCUUGCAGCGAAAGCUGCUAGGAUACCUUCUGCAUUAUUAUUAUUUUUUUUAAAUCUGUUGUAUAAUUGCUUAAUUCACUCCUCUCCUCUUUAUUUGUCCACCUGAUCCUUGCGGGGCCAUGGGAGGGGAGCCGCUGUUUAUUUUAGGCACCCCCUCCGCUUGGAGAAAUGAUUGGUGGAUUUUUGAACUCGCUGAUCUGUGUGUGGCGGAGGCUAAGCCAAGGCCCUUCUCCUAAGGCGUCGAUUCCUCUGGUCAGUGGUCCUUAUGAAUGGGUUGUAGGGAGAUAGUGAUGGUUCCAUAAGUGUGUAGACGGCGCCUUAAGGGUCAGUAUUAGCAAAGCAAAACAAAUCCCUGCCCCGAAGAAUACACAUUUCUUUUGUCAGGAGUCAGGAAGGAAAGACCCGGGAUUUGAAAUCGUGAGUGACGGGUAAGAAUUGCUUCCAUCUUAACAGCAUUCUUCUUCCCCAUUCCUGGCCACACCCAAGUUUCCUUUCCGCUGUGCCGCAUUAGAACAGCAAAAGGAGCAGGAAAUUUCUGGAUAGGGGUGCGCAAAAGAAAAAAGCACCAGCAUUGCUUUCAACAGCAUGGUUUGUUUUUUACAGUGCGGGGGCGAAAAUAAAGAGGUUGGUAGGAUUUAGGAGAACUUUGUUCUUGUCUAAUUAAAAAAAAAAAAAAUCACAAAAGCCUAUUAAAAAUCCUGCCCACAUGACGAAAGGGGUCAAAGGCGUAACGGAGUUAAUCCAAGAAAUGGUUAGGUGAAAUUCAAAGCGCGUACAAAAGUGAGAGUACUCGAAAUUUCAAAUUUCCCUGCCGAAUGUUGGAGCUGCCGAACAUUCCAGCAACAAGGGUGGAGUUGGAGAGGGGAGCGUGGGAGGGGCAAGGCCUCCAAUGGGGACUGGCGCUUUCUCUUUCCAGUGGCGCCCCAUUUGGCGAGUGUCCCUCCUAUUGAUUAGAGACGCCUUCUUCAAUAGGGCGGCUCUUCCCAAAUCGUGUGUGUGCGCUCGUUUGUUCCCCUUUCCUCUUCUUCCCUAUAUUGAUCUUACAUCUUGAUUGAUUGAACGACAUCCUGCUUAUUAACCCCCAGGUCCACGCAGUGGCAACGUAUUCAAAAAGCGCAAUUGAAAUGUCUGCUAGGCGAUUCACACCAAGCAAUGGGCGUAAAAGCAGCAGCAACAAACUUGAGUGUCACACCGAAAAAACCUGACGAUUGCGUUUGGUUGCUUACAAUUCAAAAGCCUGCACAAAAACACACACAGAGAGAUUUUUAUUUUUUUAAAAGAAGUAAAAGCAUGGUCGCCUUGUGGAACACAGUAAAUUAGGCAGCCUUGGAGCAACAAUUCGUUAUUUUCCAUUUGUCAGUCCAGAAGCCCAGAGUUAUCCUUUAUUAGGGUGGCAGGUGAGGAGCGAGGAAGGAUGUUAGAGUUUCCAAAUUCAGAUGGGGGAAAACUUUCAACUGUUCACGCUGGGCAGCUAUGUAGGGUACAUACUUAAAAAGCAAUGUAGUGACUCUGGAAAAAGAAGGUGUUGGGUGUUUCUUUCUCCUAUUUUUUCCUAUCCCCAAAGAUUUCCGGUCAUAAUUAAGUCAUGGCCAUUAGUAUAGAUGGCUUCUUAAGAGGAUUAGACAAAUUCAUGGAUAUGGCUGUUAGUCAUCAUAGCUAAGGGCCACUUCACAAUGAUGUUAUUCCUGCAUGGAGAUAAUUGUGCAGGAAAGCGGGCAGAGAAACAAGAUCAUGUUUGCAAAGUGCAGAGCCAAUGUUUAUCGUAAGAGUUCAUUUUAGCAUAAGAGCAGAUUAUGGAGGGAUAUCUCGGGGAAGAUGUGUGUAAAGUCCCACUGAGAAUGGAACCUCCAGAGCCAAAAGCAGUCUACCUCUGGCUAACUGAUGGGGCACAGUGGAGCAAACAAGAGGCGAACCUAUUGCCAUCAUAACUAGUUUGUGAGCCUUCCAGCGGCUUGCUGCUGUCAAAGACAGAAUGCUGGACUAGAUAGGCCUUUAGUAGUUUAUUUAGGAAUUGUUUAUUUAAAAUAUAUAUACCUCACUUCAGUUGCAGAGAAUCAUGAGGUGACUAACAGACAGACAGACAAACAAACAAAAGAACACCAACAAAUAAGAUUAUUAUUAUUAUUGCUGCUGCUGUUGUUACUACUGCCGGUGGCAUUAUUUAUAUAUUACAACUGUUCUAUCAAGGUCCCUGCACUCAAGAUGUUUCCAAUCUAAAUUCUGACAGUGGUGGAGACAUUAAUGAGAAAGGAAGGAGAAGAGAGGCAGAGACAAAAAAAACAAGCAAAACACGAGCAAGGGAGAAAUCUGAGCAGAUGCACUUAGACCUGCACUUAGGCUCGGCUACAGCAGGAAAGCACUGAACUCAUUCAGCGUUGUGAUAAACCGACAUACAAAGUAAUGUAUAUAAAAUACAGUCGGAGAUUCUGCUUUGUUAGACUGUUGCCGUAAGCACUUAGUUAUCUCAGUCUGAAAGCCAGAUGUGCUUAUUCUCCAAAUCAAAUUUUCGUGUUCCGUUUAAUUCACUUUCUCCAGCUGGAGUUCUUUGAGCAGGAAGGAUCAGCACAUAUAUUAUGUGGGAAGAGGGAAUGUAGACCACACCCUGAACAGCCCAGUAGCCAGGCAAUGGUGGAUGCUGAAUUUGUAGCCCUGUUAGCAGGGCCUCGUAGUGGGACACAGUACCCCCCUCUCCCCUUAACCUCUGCAAGAGACAUCCCUCAUUCUAGCAUGAAAGCGGAGCAUCUCUUUCGGACUUUUGUCCCACAUGUAUGUCAGCAGCGCACUUUUAUACUACUAAAGGGAGCUGGUUAUUUGUUUGAUUUAAAUGUCUCUUAAAUGUGCUUCACCAAGCGAUUCCAAGGCAGUUUAUAAAAGCGUGGUUGAGAUUAUUCGGACAACAUAAACAAUGCAAUAUUGAAACCAACGAUCAUGCAUAAGAAUACAGAGCAAUAUUAGAGGCAAAUAGAAAUAAACUAAAGGGCAGAGUAAAGGGUAUUUUUCAAGUGCACCCAAGGAGAGAAAGGUCAGUGCUGGCAUAAGAGAGCCCAGCAGUGGCUUCUUGUGGCUGCAGUUAUAGCUCACAUAAACGACAUGAAAUAAUUCCAGUCCAAAUUAGGCUAGGAGAAAACCUUUAGUAGAACAACCAAAAUUUCAUAAAAUAGGGUGCAAGCUUUCGCUACACUCAAUGCAUACCUAGUGAAGGGUGGGCCAAAUUGCAUUUCAUUUUUUUUGGGGGGGGGGGACCCAGUAGUAGCCAAGUUAGCCUCUUCCAUCAUCAUUUCAAAAAGAUUCUUUACCCGAGUUCCAUUUCAUUUCUCCCCAGGUUUAUGUAGCCAGAUCUGUCUUCUUCCCUAAAAUACAUUUUUAACAACCUAACGAUGCUCCCGAACAUCAUUUUUCCUCUUCCCUCUUCUUCCCCAUCAGAAAGAAUGUGGUAGAAAAGGAAACAUUGCUUGUAUAUUUUUGAAGAUAAAUUUAUCUUUCCUUUAUGAAUCCUAUUAUGAUUGUUUCGGCUUUUUGCAUUUAACUCUUAUUCAUUUUAAUGUUAUUCUUGUCAAGAUAAUUUAAAACUCUGAGAUAUAUAUUUAAAAAAUCAAAGCUUUCUUUUACGUUUUAAGAAGCUGGUUGGCAAUGUUAACCCGGAUCAGUGUCCUAUAGUGCAAUCCUAUGUAUGUUUACUCAGAAGUAAAUCCUGCGGAACUCAGUGUGGUUUGUCCCCUGGUAAAUGGGGUUAGGUUUGCAGCCUUUAAGUUCCAUGGCACUGCCUGUUAGCUAAGUACAGGUAGCAGCCUAAAAUCCUCAGUCAGUAGGAGAACAACAUAGCAAAUGGGAGACUGAAGAGAAAAUGAGGCAGGAUCUGAAAGAUUCUGAUUUGUAUUACAAGCCUCUGUACACAUCCUCUUUCUGGUGUCAAAAACACUACCUGGGCAUCAAGUUCAACACAAAAAUAAGACGGAAUAUACAAUAAUUAUUUGCUUUAUGGUGUGGCUGUGUAUCUUGUGGGGUUGAAGUGUUUCAGCCACUAGUAUAUAAGUUAGGUAAACAUCUAUUUAAACUUGUAUUUCUAUGGUUUCCUUGUUUAAUAUGACUAGCUCAUGGAAUGAAUAUAUAUAUAUAUAUAUAUAUAUAUAUAUAUAUAUAAUGUCUUAAUGAUAGGGGCUGAUGCAUUUUUAAUGCCUGUACUCUUUGUGCUCUUUUGUUGUCGUCUAAAUUAACAUUUUGAUGACCAUGGGUUUCUUUCUCCCUUCAUCUAGCAUUUUAGAGAUUGCUGCAUUGUGGGGCUAAUAAUAGCCGAUGUAUAUGGCCUUCUUCAGAAAUAUAUAAUGUUGACAAAUGCUAGAUGGUGCAAAAGCAGCUAGAAUUACAUUCCCAGUGGCCUUGUAUAAUAUAUACCCUUAGCAAAUGGCCUAGCUGCUUCUGGGAUCUGGCAUCCAGAUACAAUUUUAAGGAAACAGCAAGGUUCCUAGAAUCCUAGAAAUACAAGGAGCCUGAAAAGCCUUUGUAAUCAUUUCCACCCCCACCCCCUGCAAGGGUAUAAAAGGUGUUUAUGAUUUAUAAUAUCUCAUUGUUCCCCACAACAACCCUGUAAGGCAGGUUGGAAAGAGGUGUAAGUCAGCUGCUGAUAGGUGAGUGAGGAACUGACUCCCCUCAGUGCCCUUGUCUAGUAGUAGUAAUAAUAAUAAUUUAUUAUUUAUUAUUUAUAUGCUGCCCAUCUGACUGGGUUGCCUCAGCCACUCUCAGCAGCUCCCAACAGAAUAUUAAAAACACAACAAAACAUCAUACAUUAAAAACUUCCCUAUACAGAGCUGCCUUCAGAUGUCUUCUAAAAAUCAGAUAGUUGUUUAUUUCCUUGACAUCUGAUGGGAGGGCGUUCCACAGGGCGGGCGCCACUACCAAGAAGGUUCUCUGUCUGGUUCCCUGUAACAUCACUUCUUGCAGUGAAGGAACUGCCAGAAGGCCCUCGGAGCUGGACCUCAGUGUCCGGGCUGAACGAUGGCGGUGGAGAUGCUCAUUCAGGUAUAUAGGGCUGAGGCUGUUUAGGGCUUUAAAGGUCAGUAUUGCAUUUGCUCAUGCCCAGAGCCCAGCAUGGUGUGUGUGUGUUUAAUGAGGUGGGAGUUAAGAGCCUAGAGGAGGGACACCACACUGUGAAACAGCAAAAACCAAAACACAAGUAGUCUAAUGGGUUGCACUAAAAGUUAAUUAUGUAACUCUAAUUCUUAAAAACUAGAAAAUAAAUGCUAGAUGCAGGGCAGACAUUCAUGUGAAUAUUUGUAUUGGCCAGAACAUUGGAAGCAGGGAUUAGUAAGGGCAUGUGUACCCUAUGAUCUGCAUUGGGGAGAUAUUUACUUCACUCCUAUGAUUAAUGGAAACUAAGCGUUCAAAGAGGGACGCGGGUGGCGCUGUGGGUUAAACCACAGAGCCUAGGACUUGCCGAUCAGAAGGUCGGCGGUUCGAUUUCCCACAACAGUGUGAGCUCCCAUUGUUUGGUCCCUGCUCCUGCCAACCUAGCAGUUCGAAAGCAUGUCAAAGUGCAAGUAGAUAAAUAGUUACCGCUCGGGCGGGAAGGUAAACAGCGUUUCCGUGUGCUGCUCUAGUUCGCCAGAAGCGGCUUAGUCAUGCUGGCCACAUGACCCAGAAGCUGUACACCGGCCCCCUCGGCCAGUAAAGCGAGAUGAGCAUCGCAAGCCCAGAGUCGGUCACGACUGGACCUAAUGGUCAGGGAUCCCUUUACCUUUAAGCGUUCAAAGAAGGGGCUGGUAUAUCCCAUAGGAAGCUGUGUCCCAGCAUCUUCCACAAGGCUGCAGGCAAACUUCUCCACCUCCCCAAAUCGAGGCUGGAGCUUCUGUGGCUAAACAGAAACAAACACACACAUUUGUGUGGAAAUCUACUUGCCUGUACCUACCCACCUCUAGAGAGCAGCCUGUUAUCAACCAAGUAAUAAUACUGGAGAACAAGGGAAGCCAGGGAGUCCCAUGCCAGAGCACUCUAUCAAGCAAACAGACAUUUAAUAAAACCUGCAAGAGCAGCAUGCUCUGCACACUGCAAAGUGAAAAAUCCUUUCCUACUGGGGAUGCUGCGUACUCUGAGCUGGGCACAAGUUGUUUCCCCAAUUUAUCAUGUUGAAAGUGUUCAACAAGUUUUGGUGCUAACCCUUAGAACACUAAACGACCUUGGCCCGGUAUACCUGAAGGAGUGUCUGCACCCCCAUCGUUCAGCCUAGACACUGAGAUCCAGAUACAAGGGCCUCACUGUGAGAAGUGAGGUUACAGGAAACCAGGCAGAGGGCCUUCUUGGUAGUGGUGCCUUCCCUGUAGAACACCCUCCCUUCAGAUGUCAAGGAGAUAAAGAAUUGCACAUCUUUUAGAAGACAUCUGAAGGCAGCCCUGUAUCGGGAGGUUCUUAAUGCUUGAUGUUUUUACUAUGUUUUUAGAUAUGCUGUUAGCUGCCCAGAGUGGCUGGAGAAGCCCAGAUGGGCAGGGUAUAAAUAAUAAAAUUGUUGUUGUUGUUAGUAGUAGUAGCAGCAUCAGGAGUAGUAACUAUACAACCUUUAGAAGACAUCUGAAGGCAGCCAUGUGUAGGGAAGUUUUUAAUGUUUGAUGUUUUAUUGUGUUUUUAAUAUUCUGUUAGGAGCUGCCCUGUGUGGCUGCGGCAACCCAGUCAGAUGGGCAGCAGAAUAAUAAUAAUAAUAAUAAUAAUAAUAAUAAUAAUAAUAAUAGCAUUUAGUUGUCCUGAGCCUGAAAGCUGAGUUUGCAUCUCUCCAUCAUCACCACUAUGUCUUCCAUUUAUGUCAAGGUUAAUGAACCUCCAUAUGUUGUUGGUUCUCCAACUCCCAUCAGCUCCUCCCAGCAUGGCCGAUGAUGAGAGUCUUAAGUCCUGCAACAUUUGAAGGGACAAAUAUUCCGUAAGCUUGAUCAAUAUUUUCUCUUCAGACGUGUGCCUAGGUGUUGGAAAAACCACCCCCCCUCCAACAGGUUCAGGCCCUGGGGUAGGGCACACACACACACACAAAAUCACUUAUCAGACUAACGAGUGCGUGACAUAUAUUUGUGUGGCAACACACCACUGCUGUUGCGGCAAUAUCAAACACAGGAGAAGCUUCCCAUCCUUUUCACAUUGCAGCACAAAUGUGUGCAAAUGCAUUCUUCCUCCUCACCUCGUCCGCACUGGGGACAAUUUGAUUACUUGGGUCAAGUAAAAUGUAGUAAUUUCUAAUGUGGUUAUUGUGGAAAAGUGAUUUUUUUUCCUGCAAGGGGCUGUGGGGCACUGAUACAUCUCCUAGCCAAGGGCACAAGGGAGCCUAAGUACACCUCUGUCUAUCAAACAGCUUAGGAUGCUAGGUAGAGUACUUAUUCUACUGAAACAAACCUGUAAAGUAAGGUAUGAACGGUUAGUUCAAAGCUGAGUUCCAGGUCUACUCAGUGAAUCUUGCCCAUUGGUUCGUGGGCUUCUCCAACAGAAAAUAUAGUGGUACCUCUGGUUACGUACUUAAUUCGUUCCGGAGGUCCAUUCUUAACCUGAAACUGUUCUUAACCUGAAGCACCACUUUAGCUAAUGGGGCCUCCCACUGCUGCCGCGCCACCGCCACACGAUUUCUGUUCUCAUCCUGAAGCAAAGUUCUUAACCCGAGGUACUAUUUCUGGGUUAGCGGAGCAUAUAACCUGAAGCAUAUGUAACCUGAAGCGUAUGUAACCCGAGGUACCACUGUAAUUCAGAAUGAAGUCAGAUACAGUGGAAGCAUUCUUAGAUCAUUUUAGCAGAAAUGGUCCCAGAGAAAUCAAGGGGUUUAGAGUAAACUGAAUUGAAAGACGUCAUGAUUAGUGAAUGAGGCCCCAAUUUUGCAACUUAUUUAAGAUAGUGAUAAAAUAAAGGAUUGUUUCUUCCCAGUACAGUUUCUUCCCAGUACAGCAUUUCCCUAAAAAAACCCUAAUGUAUAUAUAUUUGUUUCACAGAAAAAUAAAAUUGAAUAUAUAGCCAGAAGAGUACACCUUUCCUUUUAAGCUUUAGUUGCUAUAUUUAAACAUGGCAAAAUAUUACAUCAUCAUAAUUACUCUUAUGCCUGAAAUUUUCCUUAUAACUACUCAUUUUUUAAAAAAUGAAAUCAAAAGCCAAGAUUUCACACAAGUCUGGGCAUUUAACUAAAACUGAGCAGUUUAAAAAAAUUAUUGCACUGAUUUAUGUGUCCUCUUUUAUUACCACACGCAUAUUUUGAUGCUUUGAUAAGCAUAUCUCUAGCCAUGCGACCCUAUACAUGCCUGCUUAGAUCCAGUGAGUUCAGUGGGGCUUAUUCUCAGGUAAGUGAGUGUAGAAUGGCAACCUUAAACUGAAAUCUUAUGUUUACUGUCUUGGGCGUAAGCCCAAUUGAACACAAUGGGUUUACUUUUGAGUAAGCAUGCAUAGCAUUGCAUUGCACUUUAAAUAAGUACUAUUAAAUAUAUAUUUAUAGGUCAAUAAAAAAAUAUGGUGUAAAUCCACCGUUGACGGAGAAGUACAACAUGUUUAAUUAGUUGCAUGGAAUUUCUCCCCCUCCCCAAAUGUGUGUGUAUGUGUAUCACAUAGGCACAACCUACAUACAUGAAUAGCUUUAAGCACAAGUGUGGUUAUAGUCACUUCACUAUAAUGAUGCACAUUUGCACGAUUGCAGAAAAUGCUUACAUAGAAUUAUGGCCUUCUUUAUCUAAUAUCCGCUAAGUACAUAUGCUACUCCUUGCUGGAGCCUUAGAUCCUGCCAGUGCUAAGCAGUUCUGUCUAAACAUUGUUUGUGCCCUGACCUCACAUACACACAAUAUAUGAUUCUCUCCUCACGGAGGCUUCACAUUACUCUUUCUCUAAAGUUUCAGGUGUUUAAGUCUUGGCAAUCCUGUUUAAACUGCAUGGCUAUAAAGGAAGCCAUUGUGCGGGAAGAAUUUCCAGGGAUAAAUUGCUCUCUGUAAGGAAAGUAGACCCAAUUUCUCAGUGUAAUCCAAGAAAAGAAAAUGUUCCGGCUAGUUCUUCUCAUAACAGGACAGGCCACAUAAUGUGGGAGGGAUGCUUGGGCCUUCAGAUGUUGCUGAACUGCAAAUCCCAUCAUCCCUAGCCACAGGAAGUUCUUGAUGGGGCUGAUGGGAGUUGAAGUUCAGCAACAUCUGGAGGGCCACAUAUCUGGGCUCCACCUACGUGUUCUGGCCUUAAAGUUUUUCCUCUACUCUUCAGUAUGAUUGGCAGUUCAAAAUGAAACCUAAAGUACUUGCCUUUAAGGUGUGCUAGCCCCAUUAGCGUCAAUGGGAUAAAACAGCCUUAAGUCAAAUUCUGUUGGUUUAGCCACCCUCUAUCAGUGGUGGAGUGACACUGUGGGUUAAACCACAGAGCCUAGGAUUUGCCGAUCAGAAGGUCAGCGGUUUGAAUCCCUGUGAUGGGGUGAGCUCCCAUUGCUCAGUCCCUGCUCCUGCCAACCUAGCAGUUCGAAAGCACGUCAAAGUGCAAGUAGAUAAAUAGGUACCGCUCUGGCAGGAAGGUAAACGGUGUUUCCGUGCGCUGCUCUGGAUCGCCAGAAGCGGCUUAGUCAUGCUGGCCACAUGACUAAGCUGUACGCCGGCUCCCUCGGCCAAUAAAGCGAGAUGAGCGCCGCAGCCCCAGAGUGGGUUACGACUGGACCUAAUGGUCAGGGGUCAGUGGUGGACAGCUAUGCGAGUGCAAUUUUUAAAAAGAACUAUAUUUAGGAAAUAUAUUAAAGAGCAUAUUGCUCCUGGCUCUUUACACUUAACUUCUGUUUUUGCAGUCUUGAUUUAGGCACAGUUCUCACUGACCUCAGCAAAGGCUGCAAGAUCAGACCAUAAUCGGUAUUCAAUAGCCUACACACGCCGAGUGCAGAUUUGUCAUAAACAACAGCUUGUAUAUGCAGCUUAGCAAUACAGCUUUGGCGCAGAAGCCGUGUUUUCCUUGGGGGCCAAUCCAGCUUCCCUUCUACAUCCAACAACACUUCCCAUUGAUUUCGAAAGGGAUUUUAGUUUGCACCAAAUGUUCAUGUGCAGAUUUUGUAUCAAAACCAUUCCUGUAAUAAACUUCUCAUGUUCCUGAUGCUGGCAAAGCUUUUAUUUAGAAUAAAAGGAACAGAAACCAACUCCUUGCACAUUAGCAUUGUUUACUGUGCUGCAAGAAAAAAUAGCAAAGAAACUUAAAAUGAGCACGCAUCAAUCCGCACCUUUGCAUUUUUAAAGGCUGCGUGCAUGUCCUUUAUUAUAACAUACUGGCUGCAAAUCAGUGUACAUUUUUUUGAGAGUAAACUCCACUAAAUUUAGUGGGACUAGUUUCCGCGUCAGUAUGUCUAAGAUUAGGUUCUACAUUGUAAAACCAAGCGAAAUAUUACAUGACACCAAUGUGCUCUUCUAAUUUAUAUAUUGACCCUUGUAUGCCCACUAAAACAAAUUCAAAUAUUUAAAUGCAUAAGUACCAACAAGAUCAAUCUUAGUACAAAUAAUGCGUGUAUCCGCAAGUCUAUGAAGUAAUUGUUUCAUUAUUUAACCAUCCUUCAGUAUUGGUAGCUUUGAAUACAGAUAAGAACUGUUCAAAGAAUCCUUGAGAACUAGAAUUGUCAACACAAUAUUCAAAAUAGCCUGGAAUUAGAGACAAUGAGCGCCGUUACUAACUACCAGGAUAUAUUCGAAACUCAAUUAUGGAAGGACCACUAUAUUUCGAUCACCACGUAGUUCUGAAUUCAGCAUGCAUUCCAUAUGUUCCCAGCAAAGCCUUUCCAUAUAUGUAAGCCUUUAGUUGUUGUGAUGCUUCCCAGGCCUUUCAAAGAAAUGUCUCUGCACAGGUAAUUUCUUUUUAGAUGUAUACUUAAGAUUAAAAUGUUCAGCCUGAGUUCAAUAAAAGGGUGUAUCAUAUAGGUAUGUUCAGUGGGGAGCCAACAUUGGCUACAUCUCCCUUGGUAAAUGUAUACAGUACUCGGCAGCAAACCCAAGUUUGCUCCUUUGGUAUGUGUGAAAUGACUCUGAGUUUGUCCCAUGUUCAAAAUCAGUUAGCCAUAUUAAUGCAGUAGAAGAAAUUACGGGAAACUGCACUUUACAGAGUAAUGUAUGAAAAAUACUUGUCUCAGAUGACCUGCAAGACAGAGUGCAGAUAGCUCAGGAUAAUGUUCUUGGAAGGCUCAGGGAGGACACCAGUCAGAAAGCUGGUUAAGAACUUCUGUUUGUCUUAAACAAGAACAUAAAAGUAACAGGGAACACCUGACUCCACCCAACUAUAGCUAAGUCCAGAGCCACCUAGUGACUAAGCUGUAUAAUGACACUAUCCACCACCUUCCCCAACCUUUUGUUUAAAUAAACAAUACAAUAAAUCAGCACCUCUGAAAUAUCUGGUAAUUCAGGGGUUCAGCCACUCAUCUCUAAAUUCUGGAGGUUUCUGAAUAUCUUGGCUGGACUGAGCAAUGAUCUGAGUAGUAGCAUUGCUGUUAGUCUUAAAAGAUGGCUCAGGUAGCAUCUCAGUAGAUUAAUUUGGGGUUUCAGGUACUUCUUGGGCAUUUGGCAACUGCACCUUUUUGGGAAUAGGAAACUGUCAGAUUCUUUUAAGCAUUCCACAUGUGGGCGCAAGAAACAGGGUAUUUCAUUUGUUCUGUGUACAGUAGCCGGAGUUUGCCAUCAGAUUUGACAAAGACUCUUCCUCCUGACUCUAAAUGUGGUUGUUCUCAUUCAUAACCACUCCUAAAUUAGAAAAAUGAAGUUGUGACAGUCCCCAGAUCCUUCUCUGUGGCUGAAAUUGGUGGUCAGAUUUUUCUCCUUAUUGACAAUUCUUCUGUGCUUUAUCCAGUAGCCACCAGUGGUGCUGACCUGCACCUUAAAACUGCAAUAUACGGGUGAUUGUCUAGAGAUUUGAUUUGCAGUCUGCACUGUUCUCUCUGCCUCACCAUUUGCAUGACAGUAGCAGGGGAUAGUGGUCAUAUGAUUAAAGGUGUAAGAUGUCUGGAACGACUAGGAUUCUGUAUGGCAAACUGGAUUGAAGUGUUGGUCACAUGCAUCAUGUAUGCCUAAGUGAACAGUUGUGCAACAUUGCUGUGACAGGUAAUAUCAGGCACAGGAAGCAUCUCAGGACAUACAAAAGUGUGGUCCAUGACAAUUGUGUCAAUCUCUCAAUCCAUACAGGUCAGCCACUAGCCUUUUCCAAAGUCUAUUGGAUAAGGGUAUUGUGAUAAUGGUUCUUCCCAUGCUGCUGACCUAAUUCUUCUGCAGUAUUUACAGGAUAAGAUUUUCCUUGUUGUGUCAUUUCUAUCACCAGACCACCAGACUGUCUACUUGGCUUACUUGUAGCAUUUGAUUAGACCUAGAUGGUCUGUUAUUUCUUUCCUGAUAAUUUAUGGUGUAACAAUACAGUUCCUUUUUGUUGUUAGGCCUGUCAGUUCACUCAGUUGUCCAUAGUCAGCACAGUUUCUAGUAAUCUCUGAAACACUGAGAAGCCUAUCCUGAUCUGAUGUCAUGUGAGACUUCUUGAAGGUCUGAAACUACAUCAAUGGCUACUUGUAUCUGAUUAAGCCUAUUUUCAGAUGUUGAUAAAGAGGUGGGCACCACACGUUCACCUAACCUGUAAGCAUCUACUUGAAUUGUGAGGUUUUAUGGUAGGAUGUCUGCUAUGAACCCUUCUCUGGGUUUGCUUUUGUCCCAUCCUGCAUGGGUAGUGUUCUAAAUACUCUAUUUCAUCUUUAUGAAUAACAUGCUUCUCAUUUACCUUGAGUCCAGAUUCAUGGAUCCUUUUCAAGCCAAUGGUCAACAUUUUGUCAUGCCUUCUCACUGGUGUGCCAUGAAUUAAGAUGUCAGUCAAGAAGACAAUGACUCCUUUUAUGUCUCUGAGGAGUUCUGUCAUCUUCCUUUGAAAGAAUCUUGAAGCACUUUUGAUUCCAAAUGGCAGGCAUUGAAAGCAAAGUCUCCCAGAGGGUGUGAUAAACAUAGUCAAUUUAGCACUCUGGUUUGUCAAAGGAAAAGAUUUGGAAAAUCUUACCACUUUUGAGAAAAGACUGGUUGGAAGUGCUCCCCCCCCCCCGACUACAACUUCAUUACUUUUUAAAAGAUCUACACAGAUUUACAUUCCCCUCAUUUCUUGAUGUUUGGAACCAUUGGUAAAUGAUGUAGAGUUGGUAAUUUCUUUAAUGAUGUCAUGUUUGUUCAUCCUUCCCACCUCCACACACCUUAUGGAAUAAGGAAAUGGGGAUGCCGUGGGUUGCUUUUCUGCAGGAUCACCUCUUGGUAGACCAGAGGUUUUCAACCAUUUUGAGUCCACGGCUCCCUUGACCAACUACAUUCUUUCUGCAGCACUCCUGGAGGGCAAAGGAGCCCAGUUAUGUCACCCCUUACCUGCAGAGCUGGCAGCCCCUCACCCCUUUUCAAACACCCUCUCUUGUGGAGUGUUCCCUCAGCCUCCUCUCCUCUCCCCUCUCUUGGGAGUCCCCUGCAAAGCCACUGCUGCUGCCCCUGGUCUCUGAGACACUGCCACCCCAAAAAGAGGUGUCUCCUCGCAGUGCCCCACAGAAGCCUGGGAAGCACCCCCUGAUUAUAUCACUGUUUUCAUUAGUCUCAGUCUUGGAGCCUCUCCAUAACUGAUGUGAUUAUCCAGCUUAGGAACUUGUAGUACAUAUACAAUAAACAAAAACUGCUCCUGAGUCGACUUUGAAAUUAAUAGUUAACUUUAUUCUCUAAGGAGGGACAAUGUCUUCAUAAAAUGUGGUACCUAAAUUGUUGUCUGCCUCUGUUGUUUUGCUUUUGGGGCCAUCUGGAUAUGACACAUGAUAGCAAAAUGCCUGCUUUGAAUAUCACCUGCAAGAAACUUAGGAAGCUGCCUUAAAGCAGCUCAAACCAAUGGUCCAUCUAGUACAGUUUUGCCUACAGUGAUUGGCUGUGGCAAUUCAUGGUUUCAGACAGAGAGAUGUUACUUAGAGAUGCUGAGGAUUGAACCUGAGACCUUCUAGCUGCAAAAGUGAUGCUGUACCACUGAACUACGGCACUGCAGUGUGCUCCUUGAGCCAGACAAAGCCUUCUAAUCGAUGAGUCUUUCUACAUCUUCUGCAUGCAGUCUGAAAGGGUAGGACUUUUUGCUGCAGGAUGCUUUAAAAAUGUAUGGACUUCUUUUUAAAGGCUUCCUUCUCUGUGGCUUCUGUCAGGACUAUCCUUUUCAAAAUGGCUGCUGUGAUGGUUUCUGGUGUUUUGUGGAGCGGAGGUUAGUUACCUCUUCCCAGUCGCUCACAAGUUUUCUGUGUUCCCUGGUUUGGGCUUUGAUCAACUCAGACUGCCUUGCUUUCUCUUAUUCUUUAGGACUUUGUGAAGUGCUUCCACUCUUUCAGAAAGGACUCUAAAGAAUUCCAAGUACAAAUCUCUUUUCAUCAGCCAGCUCACAGAAUUCACCCUGUUCAUAAUUCAUGCACAGCCCUAACAAACGACUCAGCAGUUUCUCCUGCCUACUAAGCUCUUUGGUUAGGAUGGUUGCAUAGGUAUUGCCGAAAGAGAGGCGAUGCACCAUCAAAAGAGGGAACACAGAUCUGCCUAACAAUUGGCAUAUGCUAAUAAUAUAUAUGCGAUGUCCAAGGACUGUCAGUUGAGGGGCUCCUUCAUGGCCCUUGCUCUCCCUUCUUAGGAUUCUUUAUCUUUAAACUAGAUUUGGAUCAGACAGCUUUCCAAAAAGAGGACUCCUCCCAACAGACCUUCAAGUAGAAGACUGUCACCUUAAAGUAGGACACAUCUCAAAACACAUUCCUUUUGGGGGUCAGAUGAGCAUUCAGCUUGGCCAGACCAUGCUCACCAUUGUGUUUAUGGACCUCUUCAGUGAAGGUUAAGAAUUCAUAAACAUCAUUGGCUUCUUACCCCAUGGCAUAAAGCAGCAGUUCUCAACCUGUGGGUUCCCAGAUGUUGUUGGACUACAACUCCCAUCAUCCCUGAGCUCUGGCCUUGCUAGCUAGGGGUGAUGGGAGUUGUAGUUCAACAACAUCUGGGGACCUACAGGUUGAGAAAGGCCGGCAUAAAGGAAUGAAUGUACCGGCACAAUUCCUUCCCCUUGUAAAGCUUUCGAGCUCAGUGGAAGCAACCAGAUCUUGCUUUUGAUUUAGGCGGCACUGUUGGAUUAUUAAAGCUGUUGGUUCCUAGGGCGGAGAACUCUACAAUUUUCUUCCUUUCGUUGAGAAGCUGUGGGUUUAAAACUUAAAAGCAUGAAACUGCACGGCACUCAGACAGCUAGACAUAUUAGCAACACAAAACUCCAGACUCCACCAAGAUACAACAAAGCCGAGUGCCACAUAGUGUUUUAAACUAUAUAAUGAUGCUGUCCACAUGAUGAUGUGCAAAUGCUGCUAGGUUUGCUUCCAUUUGGGAGGUGGGGUUUAAGGGUUUAAACUGAAGACUUCUCUGAAGAGAAGAGCUUUGGGUAAGUGUCUGUAGGAAAAGAGAGUGGAGGCCCCACCAUGUUGGUGUUUGGAGGAUUUCAGGCAUAAUUGUCAGCAAAGGAGAAAGGUAAUUAAGAGAGCAGGACACUUUUGAGUGCCUAACGGUUGCUGCUAAGGUCAUAGGGACCUAACAUGAUUGUGUAUAUGAAGUCCAAUAAAAGGGAGAAAGCUCAUAGUCGCUGAGAACUAAGCAAGAAAUUUGCUUCCAGGAUCAGGAAUUGAGUUGUUAAAAGUCUCCAAUUAAAGGAGACACUGUGGGUGGGCACAGAAAACCAUAAACGCAGCCGAGGGCGGGGCGCAGAUAGUGGUUUAAAGAAACUCCAUAAGGCUACAUCUAUAUCGCCAAGUUCUAAUGAGCAUAAAAUAAAAUAAAAUGCAUCAAUGAGUUAAUCAUAAAUUUUGCUGCUAGUUUAACUGCAGCUUGCUCGUUCUUAGAGAGUAUUGGAGUGGGAGGAUCUGUAGGAUGGCUUUAAAGUGGGGAAGUCAGAUUUCCAAUGGGAACAAUGCUCCCGGCUGCUGAAAAGUAAGCGCAAUCUAGUAGGUAGAUUUUCUCCCUAUGAAAACCUGUAUAUUCCACCCCACACCCCAUUUGAAAAAAAAUUAGUACAGUCAAUCAGCUAAGAAACAUGGAGGAAAAGAGCAAGAGUCCUAUAAAAGAGAGAUAUCUAAUUUUGGAGACUCCCCCGCCCCCCGGUACAAUAUCUUUCCAUGAGAUCAAAAUGACUCGGCUAUUUCUGAUAUUUUGUGCCAUUAGAGAGAGAGAAACCAGGUUCAUAUUGAGCUUUGAAAAAGGGGGAGAGAAUUCUUUCACAGUGAAUCUCUCUCAGGCAGACUGUACAAAACCAUUUCCGUCUUCUGUAUCUGCUCCAAAACUAAUUGGCAGCAAAUGUUUAUUUGCCACCCCCACCACCACCGCCACUCCACUCUGUAUUAAUUUAUUUCUCUCUAUCUAAAAAGAAAAUGCAACAUACACUAGUUAAGAGUUGAUCUGGCGUAACUAUUGAAAUCCUGUAACUGUGUUUCCUCCGAGUAUUGAAAAAGAUGCUGAUUCAUUAUCUCCCUUGGUAAAUUUAGCCGUCCUUUUAGCAAGAUUUAAAAAAUAAUAUUCACAGAAUUUGUUCACCCUGUUGAGGCCAAAUCAAGCCCAUAGAAGUAGGGGGGGAAAUCUAUAUUGCCAUUUGACGAGGGAAAUGGACUUUUCUAGUGGGAAAUACAAUAAUGUAUAGAGCCAAAUGGAAUUUAAAUGGACAGUCUGUCCAUAAAAUCCACAGAUGGAGAGCACAGCAUUGCAUCAUGUAUGAAUGUUUGCAUAGAAAAUGUAGAAUUUCAGUGACUCAUUUUACAUUAACAGAGAGUAAUGUCUUUAUAAGGACCACAUCUUUCUUUCUCUUUCCUUUUUUCAUCAAGAUAGUUCCUUGGUGGAAAAUCUGUAUUUCAAAAAUGCAUUACUGACAUUACAUUAGAGGAAGAGGGCUUAAAAAAAGAAAAAAGAAAAGUUGAAUGUCAGCAGAUAAGCGCACUGUAACUAGCCAGUGUUCCAAAUAAUGCAUCAUAUUUUGGAAUCUAAAAUGGUAAUGUAGCCUAAUUAUAUUUUAAAGGAAAAUGAAUGAUCACAGAAUUAUACUAAGCACAUGUAGCAGCAGUAUGAUGUCCUUAGCUGCAAUGUGGAACAAGCUUUCUUUAAAUCUAAAAUUAUACAGUUUAGCACCUGCUGUUUUAUUCAGGUGUUGGCUGUUACACACUGUUUUGUCCACAGCAAUAGUAGUCAAUGAGAGCCCACAAAGGGAUUGGAGGACCGCUUCUCUAUCUUUUGUUCUUGUUAUUUAUGGAGGGGGAAAAAAUCCUUUUGGCCAAUUGAUUCCUUGUGAUAUGCGCAGUGAGGCUAAGAAGGAUUUUAUUCUCUUUGCUCUUAACCUUAGAAAAUACCCAAGUACUAAAUUUCCUUUGUUGUCUUAAAAAGCAUGCUGGAUUUUGUAAAAGGGUUUUCUUCUCGCUUCACAGUUGCAUUAUGGCUUUAGCUGAGUUUAAAAUCUUUCUCCUGGAUCAUUUUUUUUGGAGAUUAUAAUUAAAUAUGUGUUAGCAAAUGGGGGAGGGGUGGUUUAACUGACAUAUAAAACCUUGCCCAACUCUGGUCUCCAAUAUACUGUUCAUUCCUACGAUGUUUAAAAUUACCAGUGGAUAUUUGGGACGUGGGUGGCGCUGUGGGUUAAACCACAGAGCCUAGGACUUGCCAAUCAGAAGGUCAGCGGUUCAAAUCCCCGCGAUGGGGUGAGCUCCUGUUGCUCGGUCCCUGCUCCUGCCAACCUAGCAGUUCGAAAGCACAUCAAAGGGCAAGUAGAUAAAUAGGUACCACUCUGGUGGGAAGGUAAACGGCGUUUCCGUGUGCUGCUCUGGUUCGCCAGAAGCAGCUUAGUCAUGCUGGCUGCAUGACCCGGAAUCUGUACACCGGCUCCCUCAGCCAAUAAAGUGAGAUGAGUGCCGCAACCCCAGAUUCGGCUACGACUGGACCUGAUGGUCAGGGGUCCCUUUACCCUUUACCUUUAUGCAGAGAUUGGGUUCCUGGAGAGAUCACAGCCACUUUGCUUCUCCUCUGGUCUUACUUCUGCUGUGCUGCCAUCAGUUAAACCAUGGUUUGUCUUUGUAUGUUGUCUGAACCCACUCCCAUGGUUAGUCUCACUCUGUGACCAAGGUUUGCCCUUGCAUUUAAAGCUCUAUAGGAGACAAACCAUGAGCUUGGGUUAGGACGAUACACUAAGGGAAACCAUGGCUUCGUUCACAUCAGCCCAGGAGGACUCAGACUCAGGGAGAAGCACAGCAGCCUUGAUUUCUUCUCUGGAAAUCCUCAUGCUCAUACAUUUACAUUAUGCCAUCUUGUGGCAUAGUGUUACAUACAAAUCAAUUCAUAGUGCAAAUGGAAAGUACAGAAGUCAUAUGUAUUUGGAGGUGGGGGCUAAUACAAUAUUGGGCAGAUAGGAGAUCAGUGAGAGAGGUAUCAAGAGAACCUUGAUUUCCAUUGCCCUUCUCAAUCAUCCAAAUUAAAAUGUAUACAUAAAGUCUGGCAUUUCCAGGGCAGAAGCAAAAAUGAAACACCACUUGUCAUCACCAUUAUAGGCCCUUGGUUCUCAGACCAGAAGGCGGACUACACGGCAGUUGAUCGAAACACAUUGGUGACAUUUCCUGGUCUACUUUUCAUGCAUAAUUUUGAUUGAUCAAGGAGAGAAAGCUGUGAUAGGCAUUCUCCAAACCAGUGAAGGGUAAGUGAGCAUGUGAGCAAACCACAGGGCAGGCAAUCCUCCCACCCAUGGGUAUAUAAUCCAUGGUUAAACUGGGAGGGGUGUCUGCAACUCAUAAGUGGGGGAUUGCUUGCAAAGAGGUUUAAGUAACUUUUCUUUUUAGAUUUAGGCAGGUUUCCCAUGGCAGACAUGGAUCCUUCUACAUCAUUUAGAAACUGGAAACAAAGAUUACUUAGUUGGGUGUUUUUGGUUUUUUUUCUUUUAAAGGGUGGUGGGAUCUCCACUGCUGAAAUGGAUUCGCCACUUUGUCCCAUGUAGCUUUCUUGCCGAAGUGGGUUCUUUUUGUCAGAUUGACAGGGUGGUUGCCUUCUAAUGGAAUUAGAACUGGUGUUUGUGUGUGAGAGUCAGUAGAAUCAACAAUUGUCGCAGUAGGCUGAAGAAUAUAGAAAAGACAGCUUCUGUAUUUUUAGGAGCUACUCUCUCUUCUCCAUAAAGCUCCAUAAUGAAGCUGGAAUUAUCCACAAUAAGGGCUUCACGCUAAGAAUGGGCAAAUCUGCCAGUUUCAUUUUCUCUCUGUUUCUCAUUUCCCAGUCUUCAGUUCUUCGUAUUUCUCCAUCAGUUUUAGGUUGUUUUUUUUAAAGUUCCCAUGAAAAUUCACCAGCAUCUUAGGGUGAACAUUCUUGUAUGCAAAAUAUUUUCCCUGAACCUAGGGCAUUUUAUAUGUUAUUUUCAUCAAUAUAUGCAUAUGUGCACUUUACCCCAGUAUGUGCACCUUUGUAAGCAUUAUGUUGCUGGAAAACUGCAUUGCAAAAUUCAGAGAAGUACAAAUUUUGAAGGAGGGAUGUGUCUCAGUUUGCAUAUUGUUUCAGAAAAUGAGAAUUAGGCAGAUUUGAUUGUGAUUGUGAAUUGAACCAAAGUUCUCUCCCCAUUGCUACUUCGCAGUAUAUGAAUUGGGAUGUUUUGAGGUUUUUCAGGGGGUGGGUGAAAAUUAAAUUCAUUCCCUUGAUAGAUCCCCCCCACAGAAGCAAAUUGGGGGCAUAUUCUGUGCAGAAUAUGGAUGAGGUAGAAACAGAAAUAUGUAAGAUUCCUUUCCCCCCUGACACAUAUGAGCCGAACUUAGCACAUUUCAAUUAAAUUUAGCAGGAUCAGUGGAUAAAAUUGACUUGAGGGCUGGAUCUGGUCUAUGGCACCAGCUGACCCUCCUUGUUUUAAGGAAUAAUGCUGAUCAAAUUGGGAAGACGGCGUUUUGCUUCAUUUUUAAAGCAUUUUAUUUGUAGCAAGGUAGGGGAUGCCAAAAUCGAUUGGCAUUGAUCUUUUAAUUUUAUUCUGUGAUUUCUUCAUUUCUGUUUAGAACCCCUGCAUACUGCUCUGCAACAAAAGAUAAAUAUUGGCUCUUCAGCUUGACUCAGGAAAAUGGGCUGUGCUAUUCUCCUGACAUAUUAUGCUUCUCCAAUUAAGUCUAGUGGGUGCUUUGACCAGAAAGUUCAGUUUGAUCGAAGUUUUGAGGCUCAUUCAGACCAUUGAUUUCUUUCCAGCUGGUUAUGAUUUUGAAUGAUGAGGAAGUGGGCUUGCUAAAGGUAAUGACUGCCGAACUUUGGAUUAGACCAGACACCUUAUCAGAAACUGCAUACAAUGACAAAGAAAUGCAGAUGCAUUGAGCUUGUAGGAUUUGAAGUGGCUGAAAAUCUGCCAAGUAUAGCUUCCUAAUUUUUUAUUUGGUACAUAGAACAGCCCAAUGAGUUUAUAUAUAUAUAUAUAUAAAUAUGCCUUACAGUGUGAUACAAUAAAGGCACACCAUGCCAGAGGUAUUGUUGGGUGUUUCUUAGAAAAACCAAACCAAAAUCAAAACCCACAAAAUUUUCAUUUAGAAAUUAAGUUGGGGAAAAAAUAUAUUUUAAAAAAAUGUAGAAGAUCCUUAACUAUUGAGCAAGUCUGGACAUGCAAGUGUAACCGAAUCAUACUCAGAAAUUAAUAUAUGUGUCUGUAUUUGAUUAGAAUGUGGUCAGAAGCUUGAAAGGCUUUCAUGUAUGAGAUAAAUGAAAGAUGUGCUGCCAGGAUUCAGGAGAAACAGUGAUUUGAGCAAAACUUCAGGAAAUCGAUGUGGAAUGUAUUGUAAUUUAAGGAAAACCUUCGUGAAAUCACCACAGCCCUUUGCUUCUUUGAGUUAUCUCACUGAUUCUCCAGCAAGCUGACUUGAGACUUAGUCCCACUGAACUCAUGGGGCUUAUCUCUGAUUAGACAUCUGUAAGACUGCAGUGUUAAUCUUUGAUUUCCACUCACAUGUACCCCCACAAUAGCAGGAGAUGCCUUUUGAACCUUCAAAUAAAGCAUGCUUGCUUCAUUGCAAGACAUUCUUAUAGUUUGAAAGAUUGAGAGGUGAAACAUGUUUUCCUAGUAUUUUAGGAUUAAAAAAUAGAGUUGUGUGGAAUGACAUACUGUGUCAUCUCCUCCUCCUUACAAGGCUGCUUUAUUAACUACCUUUUCUUUGGAGGGUUGUUUAACACUCGAUCUCUCAAAUAAAAUUAGCAACAAUCUGCCCACUCUGUAAAAGCACGUAGAUAGUCAACUGCUCACCAUGAAAAUGGCGGCCCCCAGUAAGCAGCAAAGGAGGCAGCCAUCUUUAAAAAUCAAUAGCAGCCAUUUUGAAUUAACAGUGUCAUCCUAUAAACAACUACUCCAGUGUAAGUGCCUUUGAUUUCAAUGAGGCUUACUCACAGGUAUGUGGGCACAGUAUUGCAGCCUAAGUGGGGUUAAGGAAAUCUAUAGGAAUGCUUUGUAUCCCUCAGGGUAAGCAGACAGGAAUUGGGUAGGUUGUCUGAAGGGCUGAGGUAUCAUCAGGUAGCAACAUGCAGAAAUGGGCCAGUGGGAGGAUUUGAAGCUUCUGCUUUCAAACCCUUUUACACAAAGUAAUUUAGACAAACAUAGUAACUAACAGGCUACUUGCAAAUGGGGCUUUGGGGCUGUAGACAAGAUGGAACCAGUCUGGUUUGGCUGACCAGACUUUAGAAACCCACCUAAUUUCUGUCACAGUCUCCUGCCAAGUCACCCAUUCGUCUCCAUUAGGAAAAAUUCAAUAAAUAUUUUGAUCUGUCAUACCAGGCGAAUGGGAACGCCAUCUAUUUGAAAAACUAAAAUAAUUGAAAUAGUCUCUCUAGAAUUAGUGUUCUCUUAAAUUUCCCUCUCUAGGUAUUAUUAUUAUUAUUAUUAUUAUUAUAUUGAUUGCCUUCAAUAUCACCGUCUCAAGCUGAAUGAGAACAAAGGCAACUAAAAAACACACAAAAACAAAUAAAAUUAAAACCAUGCAAGAUAGACACUCAUGGCAAAGACCCAGCUAUGUUUACUAGUUAUUUCUUAAAUUUAUAUACCGCCCUUCAUCCAAAGAUCUCAGGGCGGUUCCUGCUGGGAAAGUGUGUCAGAACAAAAAUGACUUGAAUUAUUUCUGGAAAGUGCUGACAGUGUGCACCUGACAAGAAUGCUAUUCCACAAAACAGGGGCAGCCACACUAAAAGGUCCAGCUCCAAGUAACAGUAGUAGUGGAAGCAUAUUAUUUUUAUCGUUAUAAGCUGCUCAGAUAACACUGUUCUUGGACACCAUAUUUUUUUGCUAAUAAUAAUAAUAAUAAUAAUAAUAAUAGUAAUAUUGUGUCUAUGCCAAUUCAUGCUAAGAGAAAGGUGAAGCCUGCUUUAAAUGUAGCUCCUGGGCAUGUUGCUGUUGUUUUGCGUGGACAGGCGGAGUCCCCAGAUCCCGCGCGGUCCCCCCGUCAUGUGGAAUAACGACUCAUGACAACGUGCUAUGGGAUUAAAUUGGCCACAACUUUAUUAAAUUUCAAAUGUGGGUAGACCUUGGCUCAGGCAUUGGGCGUUCUCCCUCCCCAGUCCCCAGCCGGGGACCUAGGGAGCAUCAGGGUUAUCCAGUGUGUGUGGGGGGAUGGGCCGGCUCUGGAGAACAUAUGUUCAAGCAGAGAUAGCCGCCCUGUUACGCCGCCGCCGCAGGGGAGAGCAAUGACGACCUUUCGGCGUACGGUCAAAGCCUCCUUCAGAAACCCCUUUAACGGGGAACCCUGGUAUCGCCGCCGCAAAGAGGAAGAUGGACUAAAGGAUUCCGCCCAAGGCCUGAUACCGCCAAAGUUGUGACGUUUUGCUACGGGAAAGGCGAAACCUGCCAAUGCAGGGAAAUUCCUUUCCGGCCCUUUAACAGCGACCUUAACGUAGCAGCGCCCGCAUACCUGCGAAGAAAAGUUAACCUGCAAAACCUGUGAAGAAAAGUUAACCUGCAAAUAAGACAUUAACUGAGGGUGGGUAGGGUGGGAGAAGCUCUGGAGCCAAGUGAGGAUUCCCAGGUAAGAUCCUCCCUCUAUUGUGUGGGCAGGUAAUCCCUCCCCUACCUGGCCUGGUCUCCUUGGCAACGCUUCCCCCAGGUGGGAUUGGACAACUGACUGAGGUAGGCGGAGACCUCCAGGUAUCCCACCUGAGGGAAGGCAAACCAAGCCUAUGCUGUUGGAGCCGCUCCAGAUCUAGGGGCCGCUCGCGCCCACGCAAAGGGCUCCCCCCGUUUUAAGCGGGGAGCGGUCAUUGUUGUUUAAUUUAUUUGAAGCAUUAUAAACGGGUCCAUAUCUGAAAGCUACCAAAGCAGUGUACAAUAAAAUCAAAGAUUAAAGGUAAACGUACCCCUGAUCAUUAUGUCCAGUCAUGACCGACUCUGGGGUUGCGGCGCUCAUCUCGCUCUAUGGGCUGAGGGAGCCGGCGUUUGUCUUCAGACAGCUUCCGGGCCAUGUGGCCAGCAUGACUAAGCAGCUUCUGGCAAACCAGAGCAGCGCACGCAAAUGCCGUUUACCUUCCCGCUGGAGCGGUACCUAUUUAUCUACUUGCACUUUGACGUGCUUUCGAACUGCUAGGUUGACAGGAGCUGAGAUUACCCACUCAAUAAACUAAAAUCUCAAAAAUUGUGCUACUUUUUUAUUUGCAGUUAAAACACUGUGGGUGUUUUAACUUUCCACAUGGGAUCCCCGCAGCCAAUGGCAACUCUAAACCUGACCACCCACUAUACAUGCCACAUUAACACAACCAGAUUCCUUUGUGCAGUUAGCACACUGAUGUGUUCCCACUGAUGGGCUAACACUCUACAGCUAAGUGUCGUGAUUCUGUUUAGACACGACACUGGCUGUGUGGAUUACUGUGCAGGUAAAUUUCUGGCAUCGUGUUUAAUAAGCCGCAACAGACAAUAAAUACUUUAUUCUAAUUUGCUUUCAUUUAGGACUGUUUCCCCCAUCUUAUUAGAGAGUGUAGUUUGCAAUUACCCACUAUUAACUGGAAAUAGCAAUAUAAUAUGGAGCUUGAUGAAAAGGUCCAAAGAUCACGGGAUCCUUCUUUUUCAACUAUAUUAGUGAGGAUAACUUUUAAAAAAAAUCCCAACUGUAAUGUAGUAGCAUUCUUUGAAGAAUUAGGUAGCCCCAGAACACUACCAUUGAAUGGCAUUUCUAAAUGAACUGAGGGCAGAGAACAGCGAUGGGUGUUAUAAAUAUUCAUAUUCAAAUGUUGUUGUUUUUUUAUCCAAGUCAAUAGGACUCAAUGGAGCAAAAGAAAAAGGGAACAAUAGAAAACAACUGUAUUAACAAUCCUGUAAUAUAGCUCAGUUGGUUAGAGCAUGGUGCUGAUAAUGCCAAGGUUGCAGGUUUGAUCCCCAUAUGGGACAGCUGCAUAUUUCUGCAUUGCAGUGGUUUGGGCUAGAUGAUUCUCAGGGUCCUUCCCUGUUGUAGUGGUUUUGGCAACGUUUGGUAGUUCUUUUUGCAGAUUUUUCCAUAUAAAUUUGCUGUGUUUCUACAAUGCAGGGUCCCCCCUCUCAUUAAAUCCAAAAAUCUUGUGAAUUUAGAGCCAUCAAUCUAUAGAAAUUGCAGCACCUUCUAUGGAUGGGUGGGGGGGUCUCUGUUCUUUCCUUAAAGAUGACAUUUUCUUUCAUGCAGUUCUCAUUUUAAUGUAAUAAUUGCAAUUUGGGGGCAUGAAAAAUAUAUAUCUGAAGCUCCAGAUGCAGUUCAAAAGUCAAAACCAUAUUUAUUUAAGGGGGGCAUCUCUAAUUUGAAAGCAAUAACUGCUAUUUGUUAAACAUAAUGUGGUUUCUGAUGCUUGCAAAGAAUGUGAGUGAUGAGCCCUUUACUAGUCGACUACGAAAACACAGGCAGGGAGGGAUGGGGAAGAGGCUAAACUUUAAUGCAGCAAGAGGAGGAAAAUCGAUUGCAGUGUUCAAAGAGAUCUCUGCUGGUGAAGAAUAUUAAAAAACCUUUCGCCAGUUUUGCAAUGACUCUUAUGAUCUACAGAGAGAAAAUCAACUAAUCUAUGAAUGAGCUGGCAGGGAGGAAGAAGAGAAAGGGAAUAUUCUUUUGCAGUUUGGCUCCUGGUCUACAGAACAGGUAGUCGCAGGGGGGGAAAUUGCUACUGUACACAAAUUAAAUUUAGAGGCUUUGCUGACACGUCUUUCCAAGCAUUUAAGAGUGCAAGCCUGUACCUGUUUACACAAGAGUAAAUCCUAUUGAGUUCAAUGGUGCUUCCAAAGUGGGUAUUGAAUUAUUCUCAAUGGAACUUACUCCUGAAUAGUCAACCAUAGGAUGCAAAUUGUCCUAGCGGGGUGUGUGAUUGGAAUUUGUGAAGGAAGGAAAAAGGGGAGUAAAUAAAAUGAAAUAAAUAUUCACCACAAAAGAAGAAAUAACUGGUUUGGCUUUGUACCUAACCUGUAGAACAGUAGCAAUUUGAUCUUCUUCCAAGUUUACCACUGCUGUACCAUAGCCAAGUCCAAUGUUAGUUUGGGUUACUGGCUGUGCAUGACUUUGUUAUGAUGCCCUAAUAAUAGGAUCUGAGUCAAGUUUAGCCAGAACUGUGUUUGUGCCAUGAUUCUGUAAAGAGCACAGUCAAACCUCAGCAUGCAGUUUGGGGUGCAGAACUGAUUGAGAAUCUGGGCCUCAGCGGCUCUCAUGUCUCCUUGAUAAGCAAAAACAGAAAGGUGGAUCGCAAGACAAAAGUCUGAAUGGCUAGCAAAAUUGCGCAAGAUGGCUUACAUUGGCUGGUAUAGUGGUACCUCGGGUUAAAAACUUAAUUCGUUCUGGAGGUCCGUUCUUAACCUGAAACUGUUCUUAACCUGAGGUACCACUUUAGCUAAUGGGGCCUCCCGCUGCUGCCACACGAUUUCGCUUCUCAUCCUGAAGCAAAGUUCUUAACCUGAGGUACUAUUUCUGGGUUAGCGGACUGUAACCUGAAGCGUCUGUAACCCGAGGUACCACUGUAUUCAGCUAAGUUUUACUGAGAGUAGACCCACUGAAACGGGCCUUGUUCUGACAGCUGGCCGUGGGCUUCGUCCAAGUGCCUUCAUUCUAGGGAGUUGCGCUGCUUGCCCAUGUGUUCCCUUGCUUUUUCUUCCAUCCUCUAUAAAACACACUUCUGGUAAAUGAGGAGGCUGGAAUGACUCCACUGGAUAGAUUCUAAAUUCGACAAGUCCCUUCCGAAUUAAAGUAUGUGUGAUACCAAAUGUGAGAAGUGAAACUUAGCACCUUCCAAUCUGGGCAUGUGAAGGAGGAAGGAGAGUCGCCAAAGGAAUAUGAGCCAUAUGGCUUCCACCCACCUACCCGCUUAACUGCAGCUCAACCGAUGUAGCCUUUCCAGAGUUUUCUUUUCUUUUCUUCCUAUGCAAAUGCAUUCCAACUGAUAUGAGAGUCUCUAGGGCUUUCUUUGCUACUUGAUGCCACUCUUAAAUUAGCCUUUGCACAAAAGGAAUGGUUCUUGAAUUCAUGGUGCAUGUGUCGGUCUCAGAAUAUCAUCCCCCAUCAGCAUAAAUCUUUAGUAGUGUGAAAUAUAGGCAGUGUGGUUUAGUGGUUAGUGUAUCUGACUAAGUAUGGGGACACUGGGAGUGGCCGCCGAGACAAUAUAACACUGGUCCUGAAAGACCGACAAUGGCUCCCAGUACAUUUCUGAGCACAAUUCAAAGUGCUGGUGCUGACCUUUAAAGCCCUAAAUGGCCUUGGCCCAGUAUACUUGAAGGAGCGUCUCCACCCCCAUCGUUCAGCCCAGACCCUGAGAUCCAGCUCCAAGGGCCUUCUGGUGGUUCUCUCGCUAUGAGAAGUGAGGUUACAGGGAACCAGACAGAGGGCCUUCUCAGUAGUGGUGCCCGCCCUGUGGAACGCCCUCCCAUCAGAUGUCAACAAAAUAAACAACUAUCUGAUUUUAGAAGACAUCGGAAGACAGCCUUGUUUAGGGAAGUUUUUAAUGUUUGAUAUUUAAUCAUGUUUCAAUAUUCUGUUGGGAGCUGCCCAGAGUGGUUGGGGAAACCCAGCCAGAUUGGUGGGGUAUAAAUAAUAAAUUAUUAUAAUAACAUUAUUAUUAUUACUCAGGUUCAAAUCCCCACUGGGUCAUGUCACUGAGUGCCCUUGGGCCAGUGACUCUCUCUUAGCUUGGCCUACUUCACAUGAUUGUGAUGAGGAUAACAUGGAGCAAAGGACGAAUCUUGGACACAAUCCUGAGCUCCUUGUAGGAAAGGCAAGAUAAAAAAUGUAAUGUUUUAAAAAUAUGGGAACCAGGACUUUAAAAAAAAAAACGGAACUAACUGGAACUCAGUUCUGGCACCUCUCAGGUGGGCACCAUUGCCAUUCUCAGAGAAUGAAGGAGGUGGUCAUUGGAAUUCAGGCACCAAUUUUACCAGAAAAAUAGCACUGAGGAAACUAGCAUGAGUGAAACAACAACAACCAGAAAUUGGUCUAAGGUUGUAGAAGCACAUUUAUUCUCAGUGGUUCCCAUUACGUUUUGCGGAAGAAAAUUAACGUGUCUGCAAUCUCGGACACGCAACUGAGGUAAAGGCUAAGUCUGUACUUGUGCCAGACCCUGGUCUCACCUGGGGCUUGAGGCAGUUUAGCCCUCACCUCAGCGUUGUAUUAUAGGCACUCCCUUUGUUUUCCUUUCGUGGUGGCCAUUUACUGGAUAAAAGUAAGCUGCUGUACUGGGGGACACAGUUGCACUGAGGGCAAAACUUGUCCUUCGGGCCAAAAUGCCUCAGAAAACAUUUCUGAGAAUAUGUCUGAGAUGUUUCUUUGUCUCACCCCCUAGAAAAUGAUGGCCGCUUUUCAUAUUCUUCCCUGAAGAUUUUCCAUCAUUUAGUUUUCAAUUUUGUGGCAGUUGUUGUUUCCCCUCAAAAUGGCUUAGGAAGGAUGUUUCAGGGAAUUGUGGAGGAUGCAAAAUGGUGGCUCGAUUGUGAGGUGGGACACGAGGCUAUGUUAAAGGUGAGCCCCACUCCUGAAAAAAUUCCCAACAAAUUCCCAAAUAAAUUUGGUGAAAUUUCUCUGUCAGCAAAUAGGGAAGAGAAUUUUGAGGGGCCAUUUGAACACAGCUCUCAUCCUUGACACUCGAAGGUCUGCUUCUCCCCAUUCCCCAGUGAUCCCACAAUGUCUGCAUUUGUGCCAUGUGUCUCAAUAUGUGGACAUAAAUUCAUUAAACCUCCCAGAAGUCCUUGCAACAACAGACAGGCCUUCCUGCACACAUGAAGCGUACAAUCGUAAUUAAUGUGUCACACAAUGCAUAUCCUGCCUUUCUAGGUACCAACUAACUCAAGAUGGCUUUAAAGAAGUGAACAAGUAGAAGAAAAAGUGAUUUAACAUACAAGCAAUAAAAAAGCAGAUCAGGCAGGCCCCAAACUUAAUGCCCACCUUAAUAAUUCUGUCAGCAAGAGGACAAGAAGGAAGGCAUUGGAGGUUGAAGGACACUCCCAAGCAGCCUCAUCUAAAUGGAUUCUUGAGAGAGUCUGGUCCAGGACAUUUCAGGUUAUAAAAGCCUAAAGCCAGCACCUUGAACUGAACCUGGAAGCAAACUGGCAGUCAAUUCAGCCAACAUAAAACUGGGAAGCUAUGGUCUAUCCUGGCAGCAGCAUUCAAUAUCAAGUGAGGGGAACGAUACUCAGGUGGAAUCUACACACAUAUAAAUAAAUGCCAUGAAAAUGCUUUUAAAAAAACGUUUUGAAAAAAUACAUUGAAUCUUGCAUGUCAUGUUUAUAUAUUGCACUUUGCAACACAUUUAAAAGGUUUUAUUUGCAGCUGUAUAGCUGAGUCCUAAGUGAGCAGUUGUUCAUAGGCUAUAGAAUCAUAGAAUUGUAGGGCUGGAAAGGAUCCCAAGAAUCAUCUAGUCCAAUCCCCUACAAUGGUAGCAGGAAUCUCAGCUUGAUCAUACAUGACAGGUGGUCAUCCAACCUCUACUUAAAAACCUCCAAGAGAUGAGAGUACACCAACUCUCAUGGGAAUAUGUUUUCCUGUCGAACAGGCCUUGCUGCGUGAAAGCUCCUCCUGAUGUUUAGACUGGAUCUCCUUCCUUGUAACUUGAAGCCAUUGAUUCGAGUCCUACCCUCCAGAGCAGGGGGAAACAAGCUAGUUCCAUCUUCUACGUGACAGCCCUUUAGAUAUUUGAAGGUGGUUAUCAUAUCUCCUCUCAGUUUCCUCUUUUCCAGGCUAAACAUAUCCAACUCCCUCACAGUUCCUUAUAAGGCUUAGUUUCCAGACCUUUGAACAUCUUGGUAGCCCUCUUCUGCACACGUUCCAGCUUGUCAAUAUCCUUCUUAAAUUGUGUAACCCAGAACUGGACAUAGUAUUCCGGGUGUGGUCUUCCCAAGGCAGGAUAGAGUGGGACUAUUAUUUCCCUUGAUAUGGGCACUAUACUUCUGUCGAUGCAGCCAAGAAUAACAUUAGCUUUCUUUUGCUGCUGCAUCAUACUGUUGACUCAUGUUAAGCUUGUGCUCUACUAAGACCCCUAGAUGCUUUUCACAUGUACUACUGGCAACUCAGGCCAUAUUAUGACUUCUGCGUGCCUUACAGCUAGUUCACCUGAAGCAAGAUCUUCCAUGCAUGAUGCGUCCUCCCAAGCUUCCCUUGGCGAUGUGCAUGCUUGCAAAGCAAGAUCUAGCCUGUCAGAGAAUGUAGCUGCAACAACCUUAUCAUUCAGCGUAGUUCAGCACACCAGAGUCACACAGUUUGAAAGCACCACCAGCUCACGGGGACCGCAGAGCAUUAUAGUCGCAUACAUUCCUUUUCAGACACCCCUCAUGUGCUUGUUGCCGUUAUCUCAUCUGUUCCCUUCAGACUUUCUCUGUUAGAAGCACAUCCUGUGGUUAGUAAAUGGUUCUUUGCGUCUCGAACAAUGGAGCUGUCAAUAAGCAAACACAGCAGUGGUUGGGUUUCCAUCACCCUCCUAAACCCCUGCACUUUUUAAGAUGCUCAUAAACAUGUGGACACACGCACACAUACAAGGUAAGGUGGUGUAAGGGAGAGAGGGUGGGAGAAAAUGAAAGAAAGGAACUAAGAUGGCCUAGAAGGGGCAAGCAACCCAGACAUAUAGCUCUCAAUGUAUCACCCACAUUUUUGAACCCCUGUCAUUUACUUGAAGGAAGUGGACUUUUCACAUACAAAUUUAGCUUGGAAAUUAAAAUCAGGCUUCAAUCCUUGGACUAUUUACUUGAAAAUCAACUCGGUUGAAACCAGUAGGGUUUACUUCAGAGAAAAUGAAUGUUAUUUGACUAAAUUCAAUUAGUCCCAAUGGAAUUAAUGGACCUAAUUUUGUCAUGUUCAUUUCAGUGUGAGUAAAACUUAGUUGAAUAUCACCCAAUAUGUUCAGGGUUGCUUCCAGACUGUCACUAUUUUGGUGUGAAAUUCAGGUAUAUGGUGGCAAAUUCAGGUUGCAGAAUUAAAGUUGAUUCAGCACUCUUGCGCAACAAAUUGCCUUCCCCUCCUCAAAAUGGGCUCUUUUGCAAUAGGAAAGUGAUGUUAAAAGUACACUGGGAAGUGUGGAACAGCCCUUUCUCGGUGUAACAUUGUAUAACCUCCCCACAAACAAAUCAGCUCAAUAAACAACCAGCAUCAUCUAACCUCCCUGCAAACUUUGUGCAAACAAAUCUGAAUGAACGCUCAAUAAAUGGGUUAUCUGGAAGCGACAUAAGAUGAGAGACUUAAUAAGAAAUAUAUUGUUGUUUCUCUUCCUGAAAUCUGACAAGUGUCACCUCCUUGACUGUCACUCUGGAAAUGUACUUUGUCCCAUAUUUACUCCUGUUCCCCCUUGUCUGGUGUUCCCACUGAAAAAUGAAGGGAUUUAAUGAAAGCAUUUCUGGGAAGAGAAAUGCAGGAAGGGGGUAUUCCAAGUAGUGUCAUAUUAACAAAUCCAGAUGAUGAUGUUGAUGAUAAGGAGGAGGAGGAGGAGGAGGAGGAGGAGGAUAUAUAUAGCCCACAUGGUGCAUUGCAGAGCUUACAUUCUAAAUUUUGAUACUGCGAAGGGAGGGGAAAGGGAAGCAGUUUUUCUCCUACCAUGAUGAAAUCUUUCCCUUCCUUAAAAAAUGCUUCUUGUCAAGAACUGUACAAUUAGAGAUUUGCUGGUAACGAGCACACUGCUUAUAAAGAGGUAUCUUUUUAGACUCUUUGUAUUAUUUCUUAUAUGGGAGGCAGAUGGGACUAAGCUAUAGCAUUUGCAAAAUUCUACUGCUAGUGAUAGCAGUGAUAAUAAUAAUUAAAGCUGUAAUAAUGUCAAACAUCAGUUUUGGAAUCUUGGAUAAUUUAGUUUGUUGGCUUUGCUUGCAAACUAUAGCCAUGUUGUAUAUCCAGGCUAGGUGUGGACAGAGCAGGCUGCUUCCAUUUCAUGUCAGUCGUGUGUGUACCCAGUCAUAGAGCCCUUCUGCCCUGUUUUCUUUCCGUUGAAGUUUUUUUUUAGCGCAUGUAAAUUCACAUUCAAAUCAUAUGCUGUUUUUAUGCAUUUUAUUAACAUUCUUCAUUUUAUUAACAUCUAUUAGCAUUUUUGCACUGGGAAUGCUUUCCAGUGCAUUCCCCCAAAGCACAAUUUUUAUUUUUUUGUACACUCUUUUUAAAACCAAAACUGAAUCACAAAAAUUGGGGAAAGUGCACCAGCUAAUUGAUAACUGUCUUCCAAUUGGCAUAUAAGUUUGGGACCAGAGAACUGGGCUGAUUUGCUUCAAGGUGCACAGGUUUCUCUUAUUGGUGUCAACCGAGAGAAAGAAAAGAAGCGAGGGAUAGGAAUACAGACACACAAAUGUCUUAUCUCCAUCAAUAUAAAUAGGAGAGCCCCUCUAGAAGCCCCAGGUGCGUUCCAGAACUCCUGCGCCCAUAAGAAAUUGUUGAAACUGUGCACGGAUCCACUGAAGGACAGGAUCUGUCUGCACAUAAGUAUUUUUGAAGGAUUGGAGGGCACUUUUUAUCACAGCCAAACCAUACUGUGUCUCACCUACCAUUUCCAGUUGUUGCCAGUGCAGCUGGUCAAAAUGAAUGAUUCACAUCCGCCCUGACUCAUCAGCGCUUUCACAGGCAAGCCCUGAUCUAACCUGGCAUUAAGCACUUAGCUUUAAGAAUGUGGGUAUGUGGAUCCGCAGCUAGAGGUUUCAGAUCUGUAUUUUUCCGAUUAUCGUAUAGCCAUGAGUUGCUAAGUGCUUGCUGUUCGUAGCACCCACGUUACAUAAAACAGAAAGGCGCCAACACUACAGCUUGUGCGAGGGGCUCUGGCUUCAUCCCCUACAUCUCAGCCUUACUUUAUUGGUUACUUAAUUUAAUUGGCGGUGACAUUAGCAUUGGAACAGGCCUGAUUGUCAUCUCAGCCACAAAGGCCUCCCAGCUGAAUAUAAGCUUUGGUCAAGCCCUUCUAAUGCUGCUUAAAUGGACAGGGGAAAACAGGCCGAUCUCUGGCAAUGCAGUUCUACAUUUAGACUUAAAAUCCUGUAAUUUGGCAUUUGCCAGAUAAGAAAAUCACAUUAAAGCAAAGUCUUUCCAAAUGGGCAAAUGCAGCAGUGUUGUCCGUCCCCCCCCCCACCCCCAACAUUCAUCCUCAGGAUAUUUCCUGGUUUGACUGUGCAUUAUCUGAAACCAAAUGACAUAGCUUCAAGCUGUAUACAGUGGUACCUCGGGUUAAGAACUUAAUUCAUUCCGGAGGUCCGUUCUUAACCUGAAACUGUUCUGAAUCUGAGGUACCACCUUAGCUAAUGGGGCCUCCCGCCGCCGCUGUGCCACCGCCGCACGAUUUCUGUUCUCAUCCUGAAGCAAAGUUCUUAACCCGAGGUACUAUUUCUGGGUUAGCAGAAUCUGUAACCUGAAGCGUCUGUAACCCGAGGUACCACUGUAUUAAGGUUGGGGGCCCUUUGGUUCUUCAGAUGUUGAUGGACUACACCUCCCAGCACCCCUGACCAAUGGCCAUGCUGGCUGGGGCUGAUGGGAUUUGGGAAUCCAACGAUACCUAAAGGGCUAUAGGUUCUCAAUUCUUGCUAUAGGUGAUAUUCUAGCCAAACUAUCCUAUCAAUCCUUUUUGAAGGUCAAUGAAAAGGCCUUUGACAUGCCCAAUUGAACCUAGCUUACACUGUUGUGAAGAUCCAAUGAGAUUAACAAUUACUCUAGGCGCACUGCCCUGGACUCUGGGGAAGAAAGGUGGGAUUUGUGAUGAAUAAAGCAAUACAACCUUUUCGAGUGUGAAAUGGUGAUAAAGGAAGAAAAAAAGUGAAGCUGGCUUCCCUGAGCAAAAGCCAACAUAGACAUGGCACAAUGGGAUAAGAAAGAGGAAGCAAGCAGAAACAGUGGAACACAAAACCGUAUCGGCUGCACGAGGGUCAAAAAAGAAUAAGGCAAGGGACAAGAGAAAAUAUGGUGACACAGCGAUGGAGAGGGCCUGCCCAAGGUUUCUGGCUACCUCAGAUGGAACACCAAAUGAUUUACCUUCACCUAAAUCAAGGUGAACAGAAACCCAAGACUGGCCAAAAUAUUUUAAGCGCUGUGCCAGAAAUUUCUCCCAAAAUCCUCCACCCAAACAUUAUCACAACACCCCAAAUCAUUUUACUUAAUGGAGGGCAACUCGCUAGGGAGGUCUUACAUGGGCUGUUAGCCCAUCUGCCAGUAGUCUCUUUGCUUUCCAUUUAUGGAUGGGUUGCCGCAAGGUUGACCGGGCCUCAGGUGCAGCUGCAUUCCAAAGGAGGGCGGGGCUGGGGACAAGCGAUAGAUGGCCUAGAGGAGAACAGAUGCCCAUGGUCUUUGUUCUCUCUCUUAAUUAAAAGUGAUUUUGAUUCAUCAAUUUCCUCUGGAAUAGGAGACCAGGAGCAAUCAGCAAGUGUGAGACAGUGCAGAUAUAUAAAUAUUCGUGCCAGUUUCUUCUGCUCUUCUGCCAAUAAUCAGCCAUAAUCCUUGAGUUUUGGCCACAACCCAAACAGUCUUUUUCCAUUUACCGUAAACAGAGCUUAAAUCCAGUUUCAGCUAUCAACAUGCAUUUCUUGUCAAUUGUAAUUUGUCGCAAGUGGGGGUGGUCCACAAAGGAGCAGCUCAUGAGGAAAGAAAAUAGCUAUGCUUUUGUGUGGUUCCCAUGCAUUUUGAGUGUUUUGUGGGUCUGAUUUCUGAGUGGGUUGUGCCCUUUUGCAGGAACUAGAUCAGGGAUAGAGAACCUCUAGACGUUGCUCAACUCCAACUUCCAUCAGCCCCAGACAGCAGUGGCAAACUUGGGAACUAUGGCACCCUGUUUGAGACUAAAAAUUGGCUCACACAUAACCGCAGACCUUGCACUGCCUUCCCAAAGGUGACUAAGGAGGCACCCAAACUUGGGAAGGAGGAACGAAGCUCUGGAGGGUCCUAGAGACUUCCCACUGUUACAAGGUUAACACACAUCCAUGACAAGCGCACAUCAGAACUCUAGCAAAAGAUCUUUAAACCUCUCAGCAGUGUGUAUAUGAACAUACACGAGUGCUGGCUGUGCACAUGUGAGUCCAGGUACACACUCGUAACACCACUUCCUUCCCAGAACUGGGAAAGCAUUAACUAGGCUUUGAGGAAGAGGUGGGAGGAUUCUAGGAUUCUGUCAGAGCCCUUACGUUUCCUUCCCAAAGCUUAGUGAGCUUUGAGAUGGCACCUUUCGGCUCAGCACCCAGUCCAUGUGCACCACUUGCACAGCCCUAAAUCUGCCCCUGCAGGCAGCAUGGCUAAUAUCGAGGGAUGGUGGAAGCUUUAGUCCAAUGUGUGGAGGGCCACAGGUUCCUCACUCCUGAAGUGGAUUCAGUGGCGGAGCUAUAUGCUCCAGCACCAGGAGCGGUGUACAUCUGGGGGCGUGGUGUGCGUGUGGCCCAGGGGGCAUGUGCGCCGAGCGCCGGGUAUCCCAGGGGUACACGGAGCCCCAAGCGUCCCGGGGGUGGGGAUGGGGGCGGCCACGAUGGCACCCCCCACAGAAUGGCACCCGGGGCAGACCGCUCCCCCUGCCCCCACAUUCAUCUGCCAGUGAGUGGAUUGACUGCUGUGGUGUUCUCUAGAGGGGGGAAGUGAUACAUGGUUCCUUUACUAGGCAGGAGAUUCCACUCUGCUUGUGGAAAGCAUUGAUUCUUCUCUGUGGGGAUUUGACAGAGAACUCGCGGGGAGGAUAAAUUAGGCAAACACAACGUUUUAAACCUAUACUCUUUAGAACAGCAGAGUCUGGUUCAAGGAAGAGAGAACUGUCCAUUAAAGCAGAGGAAACUGUGGCCCUCCAGAUGUUGUUGUACAAUGGCUCCCAUUAUCACUGGCCAUGUUGGCUGGGGCUAAUGGGAGCUGGAAUCACAGCAACAUCCGAACAGCCAUGAAUUCCCCAUCCCUUAUUUGCAGAAAUUAUAGGCAACGGUGACAAGCAACCAAGAUCUGUGCUUGGAAACCGAAAAGCCCUUUGUGGAGUGCAGGUGGGAAAUGCUCUUUCAUGACUUUCUGACCCAGCAGCCCAUCCUUACCCAACAAGUGAUGUGUAGAUUAAAGUCCACCUAGGCAACAUUUUCUUCAGUCAGGUGUAAGCCUGCAGUUGAAAGGAGUGUGGUCAUAAAUUCUUUAUGGCAGCGAUGGCCACGUCAGUGUUUUCAAGGGCUGCUUGAAUUUCCAGAUAGUGGCUGGGAGGCCAGGAACGUAUCUUGCCACACACACACACAUACCCCUGUAUUGGAGCUCACACUCUAUAGUAAAGUCUGCACUAGCAAGCUGCAGUGGCGUCCCAGUUAAUGCACUCCGACAUAUACAAAACCUCUCUUUCUCUCUUUCUCUCUUUCUCUUUCUCAGCCCAGUCAUGUGCAGGUUGACUCUGAAGGAUGUUCCAUUGUGUGGGAAUUAUUCCCAGGCCAAGUGUGCAGUCUUGCAUGUUUUGGAAAUACAUUGCACUCCUUAUAAAUGAAACUAUCAGCAAAGAAACAGUGGCUCACUUAAUGUUGAAAGGACUUCUGUUAAGUCAUAUCAGUAGAUGAAGAGAGAGGAAUGGGCCAAGAGAGGAGAGCUGGAAGGAGGUAGGCAGGUCCAUUGCUUCAAAAAAGAACAUUAAAAUAACAUUAAACAAUAUUAAGAAUGAAAUCAGCAGUUGAACCCUAUUAGGUGGGAAACUGAGGAGCCCAUUUUGCUAAAUAUACUCAUGGAAUGGAGAAGGUACUGAAAUUCUCCAGCUGAGAGAGAGAGAGAGAAAUGUAUCAGAAAUUUGUCCAAUUUCCCCCUCUCCCUGGGAAGUAAGAAUAUGAGCCCUGCUAAAUUUGUCAAAGGCCCGUAUAGUCCGGCAUCCCUUUCUCCCAGUGGCCAACCAGAUGCCCAUGGAGAAGUCUGCAAACAGGAUCUGAGUGCAACAGCACUCGCUUCACAUGCAAUUUCUGGAAAAUGGGAUUCAGAGGCACACUGGCUUUGACAGUGGAUGUAGAACAUAGCAUAUGCUACAGAGACUCUUCACUGCCAGUGAAUAUUGCUCUUAUUGCCAUAUCUAGUAUGGGAAACCCUUCAUCAGAGUGUAGUAUGAAUGAUCUGGUGGACAUCAUGUGUGCAUAUGAAAUGCCCCCUUCUGGUGCAAUUCUAUGCGCCUCUCCUUAGAAUGUGCAGAUUGUGCAGUCCCACUGAGUGGGGCUUACUCCCAGGCAAGCACAUAUAGGAUUGCAGCCUUUAAAAAGCAUGUUAGCACUACUUGAGAGAAGUGGCACAUCUGUGGUAGGCCAGCCUCUUCCAGCCUUCAGUAGGGUGUGCGGGAGUGGGGCAGCGGAAGGUGGGGCUCAUAAGUGUGUGCUUAAUUUAGAUAGCUACCUGAAAUGUUUUUUGUGUGCAUAAUUGCAGACAUCAGUGACAUCUCUGCAGACACGCUACCGUUUUCAAAAAGCAUUCCAUGUGUCCUAUGAAAGCACCUUGAUUUCCAUUGUUUUGAAAAGAAGCUGCAUUCUGGAGUUCAUGCACUGCGUGUUGAGGAGGUUCAAUGAGAGAAGGUGUGGUUUUCUGCAAAGCACCUUUCUGUGGCCUCUGACAGACCCAAUCACAUUUUAAUCAAAGAGACGAAACAGAAUGUUGCUCACAGUAAAUUUCAUGCAAAUUUUAUUCUAUUGCCAUCUGAUGUACUCUGUGCAGUGACAAAGGGGCACUGCCAAUCUGUCUUUCAAGAGGAUCUCUCAGGAUGUGAAUUGCUUCCCUGGUCUCCAUCCCCAGCUGAUGAUCUCAUACCACCUAACCCAACACCAGUAAGAACUGGUGUAAUAAUACUGAUGCUACAAAAGCCCAACUCCCUAAAGCAAGGGAAAUCUGUGAUACCCCCCAAUAUACUUAACAGGGAAGGUUGAGGAAUUGCAAGUCCCUCUCUAACCCAGUCUACGGUUUUCUACACCCUCAUGACUUCCCAACAGCAGCAGGUUAAAAGGAAACAGUGAGUGCAGACAGAUAGCUAGAUUUGCAGAUGCGUGGAAGGUUAUUAUAGAAGAUAUUGCAUGGGAGAACAAACAACAGGCUGUGAAGCUGGCAUGACUAGGCCUCAGUGUGUCUUGGAAUGGAAAGUGAUGUUGUUCCUCUCCAUUUUCCAGAGCUUGGCAUUUGGAAGAGACUUCCAAACUCUGUGCAGAACAGCCAUAAAGCCCAACAAUGUAGUUGUCUUCACCAAGACUGAAUGUGUUCCUAAUGGUGAUGGUGAAAGGUAAAGGACCCCUGACAGUUAAGUCCAGUCACAGACGACUCGGGGGUUGCAGUGCUCACCUUGCUUUACAGGCUGAGGGAGCCAGUGUUUGUCUGCAGACAGUUUUUCCGGGUCAUGUGGCCAGCAUAACUAAGCUGCUUCUAGCGCAACAGAACACUGAAACCAGAGCAGCGCACGGAAACGCCAUUUAAAUGGUGAUGGUAGGACAGGAAUUUUGAGCCAGAAGUCCCAUGCAGCAGAAAGAGGCUCCCAAAACACAAUAGGGGAUAUCGUGAUAGAUCCCAGAUGUUCUAGCAGGCAUUCUUCUGUGUCAGCAUAUAGAGUGUCUGCCAUUUCGGGUUUGCCACGUUUUGAAGUUGUCAAAGUAACACACAUUACCAUCUACAGCAGAGCCCAUAACACCAUUAAGUCCACAGUCUAAGACUGCUGGAGAUUACGCAUGGAGAAGUGUAUUCCACAGCUGUAAAGAGCUACUCUUACUGCUGAUACAUCGCUUAAUACUCAAGAUGGUCUCUAAGCGGUUUACAAAAUCUCCAAUACAGUAUGUACAUAGAACCAGCAGUGAAAGUGAGAAACUACAAUGCAAUGCAGUGCCACAGAACACUUAAAUCCUAACAAAUCAAAAACAUUUUGAAGCAUCUUUAGAGUCAGGGAUCCUGUCCAGCUUCAGCCUUUGUCUUGUGAAGGCACACCCUGUCUCACAAAAUACAGCACUCUUUCCACUAACACAUACAAACUACACCCAGAUACUGACUUAAUCUCUACACAAAUCAUACAAUGUCUGCUACUCAGUCAAUAUCACUCUAACUUUUUUAAAAAACAAAAACAAAUUCUGUCAUCUUCUUAUAAACCUGCUGCCCAGGAAGGCAUAUCAUAAUAAACUUUCAGGGACUAGAUAGGAGUCUGGGAAAUGGAUGAAUGCCCUCCAAGACUAGAGAACAUGGCUGCUCCUGGAUAACCCACCAAUGUUUAACCCAAUAUUUGUUUUGUUUUCCUUUGACUUGGGUUGUAAAGGCUAUAUGUGUUAUCUACAUAAGGUAUCAUGGUGCACUAUCUAUUGAACCACCCUGUUACUAGUGGGGCCAUCCUUUAAAAUUGAUACUGUUGAACAAGACAUCUUUUUAGAGCUAGUACUUUUAUUGCUGGGGGAAGACAAAAGAUAUUAACAUUCUUGGCAGGAAUUGUAUGCCUUCCAUCCACAUUCAUCCCCCCCCAAAAAAAAAUUGGCAGUAAGUGAAAACUUACAACCAAAUUUCCUGCUCAAAAUCCUGUUGUACAGAUUGCCUAACCAGGGACACUGUGUCUUUAACAUUUACAAACGGCUAAUUUUAAUCCUCUCAAACAGCCAGUUAAAAGCUUCUGCCUGAUGCAUAAAAAUUAAGUUAACAGUAAUUAAUGUAACCAGCCUGGAACCUUCACAAACUCCUGCCAGCAAGUGCCUUUUGGUGCACUCCAGAGGCUGCGGUUUGCUUGACGGUGCCAGCAAACAGGUUGUGGAUUGUAAACACUGUAAUUAGUUAGUAAGUUUCUAAAUCUCCACUUGCUAGGCUGGUGGUCUGAAUUGUUGGAACAGUUGACCCCCUGAGAGGAGAGAAAAACAAAGGAAGGGAAUUAGUGCAACUUUGCUUUGCCUUGCCAGCAUAUGCCACUGAGCCACUGUUUUACCUGGCAAAUGUUGGUUUUUUUCCAGAAGCGGAUGCUGCAGUCUUGCUACAAACAGCUUCUGACGAGGGCAGUCAAGCUAGUUUGUAGCAGCAAAACUGGAAAAUCAUAUUGUGGCACCUUAAAAGCAUCAUUGUAUUAUGGCAGAAAGAUUUUGUGGAUUAGAGGCCACUUGGUCAGAUCCAGUGGAUUGCAUAUGAUUAAAUGGGCUCUCCUUCAGAAAGGUUCAUGCCAUAAUAACACUGGUUAGUCUUUAAGGUGCCACAGGAUUCUUCAUUGAUUUUGGACAUGGGUGGCACUGUGGGUUAAACCAUAGAGCCUACGGCUUGCUGAUCAGAAGGUCAGGGGUUCAGAUCCCUGCGAUGGGGUGAGCUCCCAUUGCUCGGCCCCAGCUCCUGCCAACCUAGCAGUUCAAAAGCACGUCAAAGUGCAAGUAGAUAAAUAGGUACCGCUCCAGCGGGAAGGUAAACGGCAUUUCAGAGCGCUGCUCUGGUUUGCCAGAAGUGGCUUAGUCAUGCUGGCCACAUGACCCGGAAGCUGUAUGCCGGCUCCCUCGGCCAAGAAAGCGAGAUGAGUGCCGCAACCCCAGAGUCGGCCACGACUGGACCUAAUGGUCAGAGGUCCCUUUACCUUUUUAAGGAUGCCAGCUGCAGUUUUAUUCAUUCACAGGAAGACAGUUGCUCAAUGCAGGCGUGUGUGUGUGUGUGUGUGUGUGUGUGUGUGAGCGCACGCAUACACACUCACAAAUGCAUGCAUUUAUUUAUACACACACAUACACCACAUGUAUGUGCAUUUAUUCAUUCACAAGAAGGCAGUUCGUCAGACCACACAUAUACACAUAUACAGACACAUAUAUUCCACAUGGCUGCAAAGUCGAGAGGAAUAAUAAUAAUAAUAAGCCGCCCAUCUGACUGGGUUGCCCCAGCCGCUCUGGGUGGCUCCCAACAAAAUAUAAAAAAUACAAUAAAACACAUCCUCUACUCUCUAACCCAAAGGAAAAAUAUAUAUUCCUGAAAGGCUGCACUCUCCCAGCAAGAAAUUCUGUGAUUUACCCUUUUUCUUUUUUUGUCAUGAAGGCAAAAAUGGAAAGGGAAGGAAAAACACACAAAAAUCUUUCAUUUUUCAAAGAUGGAAAUACUCUAAAGAUGUGACUUCUCCUAGAGUUAGGCAAAUAAACCUGCCUAAGAUCGCACUGCAUGCCACUCAGAGCCUUUGAGGGGUUGCUGGUAAUGAUCUAAAUAAUAUGUAAAACAUUUGCACCCCACCUUUUCAAAAAACGUCCAAGAUGGGUAAUGAUUGCGGUAGGGUAUCAAAAAAUGUAUGGUAUCACAAAUUAGGCUGUAAUCAUAACCCUACUAGCCUGGGAGUAAGCUUGAUUGAAUUCCGUAGAACUUCCUUCUGAGUAGGGAUGGUUAGAAAUAUGCUGUAAAAGCUGCGUUGAAAGCCCAGAAGCAGUAGAAUCAAACAGAAACUGAGAAGAAAAAGAGCCUCAAAUGAAAUAGCCAGAGACAACAUCAGAGCAAAACAUCACUAAAAAUAAAAUAAAAUCCAGCAUUGGAAUAAACAAGGGAAAAAACCCACAAGCAGAAGAACAAACAAACAAAUGCACAUAUCUGUGUUCGAUACCAAGCAAAGGGUGGAACUUUGAUCAUGCUUUCAAGAAGAAUGGAAUUAAAGAGAAAACAACAGCUUCACAGUAAAGCCGAAAGACUUCAAUGUAGGGCCAUUAAAAUGUGGAGCCUAUUGAGUGUAAAACUGAAGGCAGUGACACCAUGACUUUCCCCAUACAAACAUCAGUUGAGUUAUAUUUAUGUGUUUAGAGAUACCGUCCAUUCAUAAAGCAUGGGGCUUUGCAUCCUAAGAGGACAGGUCUCUGCCCUAAGGAGCUUCCAGUCUAAAAUUCAACACUGGGGGAAAACACAGAAGAAGGAAAAGGAAGUGGAGGCCAGCAGGUAAACAGAGAGAGAAUGUGUUUCAGUUACACGCAUCCAGCCUGAGGUCCUGACUACAAACUAAAUUAAUAUUUUGAUUGGCAAUCAUGCCAUAGGUAACCAUAGAUGAAUCUGUCAAUUUUGGUAACCUUAACUUUGUCAUUUUUCAAAUCUUCAAUCCAGUUCUCCACAUUUCUGCAGCAAUUCGCUUUAAAACAACAACAACAACAUAUUUGUUGGCAUUUUAAUCCUAAUAAACAUAGUUUUAUAUGCAGUUUCAACCAAGUCGACUCAGAAGUAAGUGCAAUUGCAGCCCGAGCAAUUGACGAAUCUAUUCUGCAAUUCGCUUUCCAUGCAAGUAAAGUUCAGCCGAUUGGCGAGCUCAGGGAAAAUGUCAGCAACAGGAAAAGGCAUGUUCUGAUGUGCGAACAUCGACAGCCACGAGCUUGCCUCGUCCAAUUUCCACCACAACAUCAUACAAUAAACCAAUUACUGUUUGGAAAUAGCUGCAGUUGUCCCAGGCUUAGGCGAGAGAAAGUUAGCUGGCGUGUUUGCAGCCCACUUUCAAAUGUUGCAAAUGGUCUUCGGUUCUCAAACAUGUGCAAAAGUGCGUCAGGGCUCCUGCACCUGUGGAAGGUGUGUAGCAAAGGGGAGGUCAGCAGGUGCACCUUGCCGGACAAAGCACAUCUGCUAGUCAUCUACACAACUAGUACAGGUGCACAAGUCCUGCCAGGCUUGUAUCUGGCCCUCCAGAUUGAGCCCCAUCCUUUGAUUCUCAGCUAUUCUACAUCCUUAGGGACUGUGCUAAGUGGAGGGUGUGUUUGAAAGCAGAAUAACCAGCUCUGCCCCCAACUUCUUCAGAAUAAUUUGCAGACUAAUCUGAAUGAAAGGCCAUGUGCAGAAAACUACAAGGUUAGAAGAUGUGGGGGCCUUUCUGUGGUGCUAGUCACCUAAGCUUUAUGCAGAGCAGACCUCUUGGAUUUUAUGGACAUGACAAAUUAGGUCCAUUACUUUCAGUGAGUCUACUCUGAGUAAAAUUUAGUUGACUACCACCUUCUUUUUUUAAUUGCUCCACCAGCUCUAAACUGGUUUGGGGGGCUUUCAGUAGGCUGCUACUGGCAGAAAGGCCACCAAGGACUAUCCUAAGCUUCCUCAGCCACCUACAUUAUAGAAUCAUAGAACUGUAGUGUUGGAAGGGACCCUGAGGAUCAUCUAGUCGAACCCCCUGCAAUGCAGGAAUAGGCAGCUGUCCCAUACGGGGAUCGAACUCCCAACCUUGUCAUUAUCAGCACCACUCUCUAACCAACUGAGCUAUCCACACUGAUGGCCUUCUGUGCCAAGUACAUGUACGUAUGCUUUCCACCAUGAAAGGUGGUACUGCCUGCCUUUCAGUGGUAUUGCCCUACCUUUGAAACACCUUCCUUAGAGACAGAUGUGAAGGCCUUGCUUUUGCCCAGAUUUCAGAUAGUUUUUGGAAUCAUGCUCUUCCUUAGGUAUUUUAUUCUUACACAAUUCAUUAGGUUGCGUGUUUUUAGUGGGUUUAAAUUGUGUUGGUAUGUUGUGCGAAUUUGUUUUCUUCAUACUUCUUUCUCACACCUCCCUGAAACCCUUUGAUGAAGGGCAGUGCCAGUUAAGGGAUAUUUUAAAGCAAUGACAUAGCUACCCAAACAGCAAAAAGCUGAAGGAGUGUCUCCACCCCCAUUGUCCAGCCUGGACACUGAGGUCCAGCUCCAAGGGUCUUCUGGCAGUUCCCUCACUGCGAGAAGUGAAGUUACAGGGAACCAGGCAGAGGGCCGUCUUGGGAGUGGCACCCGCCCUGUGGUACACCGUCCCAUCAGAUGUCAAGGAAAUGAGUAACUAUGUAACCUUUAGAAGACAUCUGAAGGCAGCCCUGUAUAGGAAAACUUUUUAAUGUGUAAUGUUUUAUUAUGUUUUUAUAUACGUUGGAAGCCACCCAGAGUGGCUGCGGUAACCCAGUCAGAUAGGUGGGGAAUAAUAAUAAUAAUAAUAGCCUUAUAGAUGAGGCCAUCAUAGAGCAUCAGUGGUAGAGCAUGUGCUUUGCAUGCAGAAGCUUCCAGAUUCAAUCCCCAGCAUCUCAGCAUCUCCAGGGGGGGAUCAGAGGGUCACCUGUCUGAAACCCUGAGGAGUUGCUGCCAGCUCAGUGUAGGUAAUACUGAGCUGGAGGGACCAAUAGUCUGACUCAAUAAAAUAUUGUGUCCUUGGUUCUCAUGGCACCUGCAGCAGCACAACAGGCAACAGGAAGCAGAAAGAAACAUUGCUACGGUUUCCAGCAAACACCAGCAGAAGACACCCAUUCUGAUGUUUCUACCAGGCUCUGACCUAGUGUUAUUCCAGGCCUUUGGAAACAUCUAGAUGACAACUUCCUGUAUCCAGUGUAGUGCUAUGCAAAUGGUCCAUCAGCACAAGGAUUUCUGCUUGCACAACAGAACAUUCCCCUUCUCUCCUCCUUCUGCCAACCUGUACAUCUGUUCUAGGGGUUCUCCCAACCAUCUGGAGCAGAUUUGGGGAUGGGCCCAGGCACACAAGGUGGCGGCAGGGAAGAGGAGGUCCCAUGGCACAAGCAGAGAUCCUUGUGCUGACAGGACGUGUUUGUUGAAUGCUGCCCUGACUCCCGGUGCUUCCAUUUGGUAAAUUUCAGACAACCAGUAUGGGGAAGGAUUGGGAGAGCAAACUUCAAGUGCAAGCACUAGUGAGCCCACAGAAUUCUGGGUGCAGACGCCAUCCUUGAGCAAGCACCCCGUACGUUGCAUACACAUAAGCUCUUGCCAAUGGGAUCAGAGCCUUGCAAAAAGCAUUAUCAUUGAUCGUACGCACAGAGCCUAGUCAUAGUUUGUAAUGCGUGUAAGCCCCUUUCAACUGCAUGCUGUAUGUGAAAAAAAGGUAAGAGCAAAGCCAGCAGGUGUGAUCCCACUCUUCCCAUGAACAUUCAGUCUGCUCCAAUCAUAGGAGCCAGCUCCUAGGGGCUGAGGGGGCUUCUCACCCCCAAUAAAAUAUUUUGGGCGGCUGCCCCCCAAAGUUGAUGGGCAUUGCCAUUCAAAUGGUGUGCAUGCAUCACAACAUGUGACCGAUUAGACCAGGCAGGGCUUACCUGCCCCCCUAAUAUUUUAUUCUCCAAUAGAACAUCUGCACAGGCCUUUAGAUAUCUAAUUCCUAGUGCAAGUGUCCUUUGUUGUAUCCCCAGGUCAGCAUGGCAUAAUGUAAACAACAGUCCCCUUUAGCUGUAGCGUUGAUCGCCUAAAUGUUUUUCAAGCCCAUAAGGCUGUUAGAACUAAUUGAUAUCAUUUAAAACACACACACACACACCCUGGGUCUAAAGCUCUUUGUUGCUUGUUGUAAACCAAAUGUUGCCAACUUUUAAAAUUACUUAUUAAAAGGUAGUCUACAGUCAGACACUAUAACCCUCCCCAGUUCAUGCCAAGUAGAUGGUUGCAUUGAGUCCAGGCUGAUAAGGAUAUAGACAACUCUGGGCAUAAUGUAUUUGGUGCUGUAGUGUUCACCAAUGCUCUGUAGCUGCAUCAUUUCCUCAACAGCAAACUCAGGUGGUGAAUGUCAACAGGACUGGAGCUGAAGUGGGUGGGAGCACUGAGGAUCAAGAGAAAAACAUCAGCAUGCUCGGGAGGAUCCUGACGACUGUGGAAGUACAAAAAUGUUGGUCAGGGCAAAAAAAUUCAAAAGGUCCCAAUGAGGACUGAACUGUUGGGAUACUGUCAGGGAGACGGAGGCAUCAGGCAGGCUCCCAGUCGUCUCCGGACGAUCACCGGUCUCCCAUGGAACAGCAUCAGUCAAUUAGUAGACUCAUGCACACCCUUUCAGCGGAGUCUCCACAACGAAAGGAUGCAGACAGGAGAGCAUAUUUACAGCUUUAUUCAACGUAGAUCAGAACAAAGGAAAAACAUGGCUGCUUGCCUCCGUUUCCAGGAAAACAGCCAGAAUACAAAAGCUAUAUACAAACGGAAGUUCCCAGCAAGAAGCUGGAAGUAAACAGGCAUGUGAUACACAACAAUCAUGCCUGACCCUUUUAAGGUGGAACGGAAGUAUUUCCUAACAUGAACAUGCUGAGUAGUCAUUGAAUAUUAGGGCAUGGCUGGCUGAACAGAAGCAUUGCCCCCCCCCCCCCGGAAAUCAGGAUAGGCUGCAAAAUUUUGCUGCAGAUCCCACUUGUCAUACUAUAUUAGGGAACCUGUGGGCUUCCCACAGGCAUCUAGGUGGCCACUGUGAGAACAGGAUGCUGGACCAUUGCCCUGAUUCAGCAAAGCAAUUCUUAUCUUCUUAAGUAAUCAGGCUAUCAAAAGAUGCUAUUGAAUAUGAUGUGCAGGUCAGUGCCUAAGAACUCUUGUUGUCGAUGUAGUGGGGGGGGUGCAGGAUGAGACAAUGUCAGUCAUGUAUAGAUGCAUUUAAUAAUUAUAAAAGGAAGCAAAAGGUUGGUUUCGGAAACAAGUGGAUCAACCUCUCGACAAGAGCGAAGCCAAAAUGGUGCCACUGAGAAACGAAAGGGAGAUACCUGGUUGUUGGGGUAAACCCCAUGGUAUGCAGGAGUGCAAAACAACAAUAAAAAGGUGAUUUUGAAAAGCCAAAACACCCUAAUGAGAACUGAGCCUUCUCCUUGACUUCCAGGAGCUAUGGUAUUUUAAGUCACACAUCCAAGGUGGGGAAGUUAUGGAGGGUGUGGAAAUUGAAUUAGCCUGCUUGACCCCUGACUGCUAUGAUAUCCUGGAGGUGGACCUAGCUGCCUAAAACCUUGAACAAGAGCAUUUCUCUGUGGCGCUGAGGAUACACUGCAACAUUUUGUUGCAGAUCUCACGUCUUUCAGCCUCAGUUUGAAAUGUACCAGGAUUGUCAGCUGAGCAGAAGAAAAACAGCCUGGCUGGUUUUGCUGUCAUUGCUAAGGCCAUUUUAUUUUGCUUUAAAAUGAAGGGUGGGGAUGUCAGUCAUUUGCCAUUCGCACGGGGCACCUUAGUAAGUCAGAGAUCAGAGACCAGCUGGAGAGGAUUCUGAGAUCCUGUGCCCUUCUUCUUCCAGGUUAAGGGAGUGCACUGAGCAUGCCUUGCCUGUCUGUUCCCAAUAACAAAGAGCCUGAAUUGCCUGUGGAGCUUUGUAAGGGGUUUAUAGCAAUUAACCAUCAUGUGCAGAAACAGAAAUAAUGUGAUCCUUAUAAUAUCUCUCUGAGGUAGAUUAUGCUGAGGGAUGGUGACUUGCCCAAGGCCAUCCAGUAAGCUUUGUGGCUGAGCUGGGACUCUGGACUGAAGCCACACCCAAUUCUCUAGCUACCACAUUAUAUUCCUACUGCAUUUGUGGGGAGGGAUAAGAUAAGAGUCCAUUUAGCCGACAACUGGCAUAGGAAAGCACAGCCCAGGCAGAAGGAAACAGAACAGAUCCUGCUUCCAUAAUCCACUUUAGUAGAAGCCCAUUUGUCCUUCGUUGGAUCGCCUGUGUAUAUAAAGCCAACCAGCUGGCAAAUCAGAAUAAAAUGAGCAUAGUAGGUAGGCACACAAUUCUCCUUUCACUCUACAUCCCUAUCUGGGCUUGGUUUGAUGUUCAAAUGUUUUUGCUUUGUUUCAUUUUUGCCAGAAGUUAACAUUAUUGCCAUGGAGUUUAAUUUUCAUGAACACCAGCAAGCAGGUCAAUUAGGCCUUGGACACUGAUCAUUAAUCACCUGGGCCUCGGAAGAAUCGCCUACUCACCUGUAUGGCCUGGGGUCAAGUUACUGUCUUCAUCAGGCACAUUUGUUAUUGUCAGGGCUUCCUCUGGAAUGUGGAUUUCCCCCUUUCCUUUUUUCUUUUGUGUGUGUAUGUCAUAGAAUCAUAGGACUGUAGAGAUGGAAGGGACCCCAAGGGUCAUCUAGUCCAUCCCCCUGCAAUUCAGGAAUCUCAAAACAAGCAUCCACGGCAGAUGGUCAUCCAACCUCUGCUUAAAAACCUCCAAAGAAGGAGAGCCCACAACCUCCGGAGGGUGUGUGUUCGUGAGUGUGUGGCCUCUGAAUUGUGGUAGGUUCCCCAGCCUUGAUGCAUGGGACCAUCCUGUAAAGGCAUGUACCAAUCUGCACCAGGUACCCACUGGAUCUGUAUCAAACGUUCUUGGUCACGCCUAUUAUGUGAUGCCUCUUCCCUAAACCCUUACACUUUUAAAAGAACAACUUGUAUCAAAUAAAGCAAUAGCCAGCAAUCCAUUAGAAUACAGUGGUACCUCGGGUUAAGUACUUAAUUCGUUCUGGAGGUCCGUACCUAACCUGAAACUGUUCUUAACCUGAAGCACCACUUUAGGUAAUGGGGCCUCCUGCUGCCGCCGUGCCGCUGGAGCACGAUUUCUCUUCUCAUCCUGAAGCAAAGUUCUUAACCCGAGGUACUAUUUCUGGGUUAGCAGAGUCUGUAAGCUGAAGCGUAUGUAACCUGAAGCUUAUGUAACCUGAGGUACCACUGUAUAAGAGUAAACAGUGAAAUUAAAUAUCAGCAAAUAGUAAUUAAACGAUUUACACUUAUCAAUUACACUAAAGAAUAACUAAACCAUAAUCAAUAAAAAUAAUGGCAAGUCAGAAUGCAUAAAAUUCCAUAAACCCUGGAAAACCACGUAAAAGGAUCAAAUUGAGAAACAAGGACUUAUAAAAUCAUUUGUACAGCAAAGGAUGCUGUUUCAGUUGCCCCUCUGUUUGUUUGCACCACUGGCAUGAAUGCUGCCUCUUCUGACCAGGCACCCAGAGUAAGAACACAUUUUUCCUCCGCUUUGGACUCUGGUCGGAUCACAUUGCGAUUGUUCAUCUCUGGAUUUGUCCUCCUGAGUAGAGCAAGCCCAAUUUUCUACUCAGGGAUAUUAUCCCAGCUCUGGAGCUGUGUCAAUUUAGCUUUCUGUGUCUGGACUGCCACCAGAACUGCUGCUGCAAUUACCACCCCCUUCCUCCAAAAACCCCCUCUAACAAUUGCAGCAAAAUUCUUUUGUCCCUGGCAUGGCUCUGCCUGCUCCAAAAUGGACAGUGAGCCCCUGGGGUCCUUCAGGGAUAUCACUGGCUUCCAAUAUUGAUAUAAAUGCCGCUCUCCAGCUGGUAUCCCCUUGGUUGGAUUCCUUCCCAGUUUAAUAGUAAAUUGCAGCCGCAAUGGUGUAGCCGGCAUUACAGAACAUGCCAAGCACAGGCAAUAAAGAACCUCAAGAGCUAGUGGGUUUCUUCCUCUCUCUGUCCUUCUUCUCCCUUACAGAUUGUCCUGUUCUGUAAUAGCAAAUUGGGUCGGGGGCCAAGAGAGCUUUAAAGCCAUCUUUUCAUCUCUUUCAUUCGGGCCCAGCAGCUCAACUGCUGUGUGGCACACAGCUCAGAUCAGCUCCAGCUGUAUCUCUCUGGCAGGCUAUUAUGCUGGUCAAUAACCAGGGGAACAUCACCCUUUCUUACCUCCAUAUACAAUCCUAUUCCAAGACUUAUUCAGGGGAAGGAGAACAUCAGCCCCAGGGAUUGAUAUGCAAAACUGCUUGGCUCCUAAGAGCGCUUCAUCUGUCACCGUGGAAUACAGUCCUAUCUGAAUCAGCCCAGGUAGACCCCACAGAUAAAUAAUCAGAUUUUGACAAUUUGCUGGCAUUGCGCCACAAAGGGUGCCAUUUUAGGAAAUGGUUUGGGCCCAGGUUCAGAAACCCGAGGACAAAUUCGUAUUUUAUCACAUCUGUUACGAUGGGCACAAGUGUGCAUAAAUCACAAUGUCCCCUUUUAAAACACCAGUUAUUAUCAGAUUGAUCAAUUUAUAUAGAAACAUCCCUGCCCCAUCCUGCUCCCUCGGCUCAACUUCCAAGGCAAUAUACAUUAAAAUCAACAUGCACGCAAACUCAAACAAAAAUGCAACGCCUCAGAACAAAUAAGUCAACAACAGUAAAACGGCAGCAGUGGACACCGAAAGGAAAGUAAAAGAAGCAGGUGGCAAUAUAAUGAAAUGCAUUGCUUCUGCAGUCUCAGUGUCGUUGUCCCCUCUUUGCAAAUGGGGCCCUAGGCCGAAGGAACAAUGGGCAGCUAGUGAGACAGUGCCAUGGGUGCCAAUCACAAAAUGGCUGCUGACGUAUGUGGGGGAUGCAUCUUAUACCUUGGGAUGAUAAAGAGACAGAUCAGUCUGUUUACAGUCGGACUCAGUUUUGCAUGUGCUUCUCUAGAAGUUCCAUUUAGGCAUUAAGCUGUGGCUCUUCCCCCCCCCUCUUUUUUUUUAAAGUAUGUAAGAGAAUCCAUAUAUAAAAGCAUAGUUGCAACUGGAUUUUAUCUAUCUAUCAUCUAUCUAUCUAUCAUCUAUCUAUCAUCUAUCUAUCCAUCCAUCCAUCCAGUGCUUUUUUUUCUGGGGAGACACAGGGGGACGCAUACCCCUAAACAUCUUCGAUCUAUCUAUCUGUCUAUCUAUCUAUAUGUCACCUAUCUAUCUAUCAUCUAUGCACACAUUUCUAAAUGUAUAUGAUCCUAAAAUAUGCUUUUGGGAAUUUUGUGGGGGGGUUGAGCCAAUAACUGUAUCACAAAAUUUGGAGGGGGGGGAUUGCAAAAUCUAAAGGAGCAGUGCUAUUUUUCUAGGAAAAAGCGGUGCCGGAACUCACAAUGAACGCCUUCCUGUAUCAGUAUCAAACUUUAUUUCAGUCACAGACCAGCAUAAGAUAACAAAUACUGAUAAAAUGAACACAUAAGACUUAAAAGAGGUAAGGGAUAAAAACUAGUAACUAAAUCUGAUUAUAUCAUACAUACUUAAAAAGAUAGAAACAAGGACAAAACAGUUAAAAGUAAAGACUCUCCUCCUGCAAGAGAGGGGAGUGGUUGUGGUCGGGAGCCGGACUCCGCCUCAAGCAGGGGGCGUUAGCCCCCUGCCUCCCACUCACCUGGCUGGCCCUCGCCCACGGGCAGGCACCCAACCAGGUGCCUGCGAGGCGUGUUUAGCAGCCCAAAUUGCUGCGGCACCAGCCUUCCGGCCUCACUUUUCGUCGUCCCGUCGCGAGUCACCCACCCUCCACUCCCUUAGAGCUCAGGGUCUCAGUUUUCUUUUGGCCUUGCUAUGGAUCUUAGGUUGGUCGCCCUGGUUGUCCGGGGGGCCUGGUAGGAAUUUUUCCAUUUGGCAUUAGGCUUUUUGGUUUUUUGGUUUUUUCGCCUACCUCGUAGCAAUCAUCACAACUUUCGUGGUAUUGGUGGGUAGGUUAGGCAUUGGAAUAAUGUGUUGUGGUGUGUCGAAGGGCUAGGUGUGGCCAUCGCCUAUGCCUUCAAUUUUUGGGUAUUCCGUUAAAGGAAUCUGGUGGUCGUGUAUUCUGUCCGAUGCCUGCUUGGCGGGAGGCCAUGGCACGACCCUCGGUGACAUCAGGGGAGAGCCUAUAGUUGGAUUAGCAUCAACAGGCUCCACCUACUGGUGAAUAAACCCCCCUGUUUUAGACUCACCCCUCUCUGAGGGGGUGGAGUCAGCUGACGUAAUCCAAUGCCUAAGCCAAUACCUUUUCACUUGCUGUAAUCAAUAAAGUUGUGGCCUUUUCUUGCCCAUUAACCUUAUAUCACGUGUCCUCGUGUUUUCAUUCCACUACGCGGGGAUCGGGUCCUCGAACCACAACUAUAAGGGAGGGAGUGUGAAGGAGCACAGCUCUUACAUUUUGGGCCUAGUUUGUGGCGCAAAACAUCCUUUGAUGAAUAUCCAUCAUGACAGCGCAAAAUCUAGCAAAUGAGUAUGUAACAUCUAGGUUUUCAUCUGGAAGUAGCAGGGAGAUAUAAAGUUGUUCUGUGCGACCUGGGAUUUUUUGUAGUUUAGGUAAGAUGAACCUAGCUCAUAUAGCUGUGUAGUCUUGGCAGUGAAAAAAAGACAUGUUCUGUUGUUUCCAGUUGCCCAAAGCCACAGGGGCAUUUUCUCUCCUCGUAUGGUUCCUCGUAUGCCUUCCUUGUUCUCUUAGAACAGCAAUGGCGCCCACCUGGGAGGUGCCAGAACUAAGUUCCAGCAAGUUCCAGCUGGAAAAAAGGCCCUGCAAAGGAGAAUAAAGGUUCUCUCUACCUGGAAUGCCUCUGUAAAGACUGAACCUUUCAGUGCUGCCACAAGGCUGUUGCUCUGAGCCCCACAGCUCUUGUUGAACAACAGCUCUUGUCAGCCUCAGCCAGCAUGGUCAAGGAUGAUGGCAGCUGUAGUAAAGCAACACUUGAAGGCCACCAUGUUUGCUGUCCUGCUCUAAAAUGUGUUCUAGAGUGCCCAGCGUAUUUCAUCCAACUGCUGUACUCUCUUUUGUUAUCCUUCGUUCCUGCACUUUAUUAAUAUUCUCAGCGACUGAGCAUAACUGUUGCCCCCAUUCCAGGUCCCAAAUUGCCACAAUGUUUAAUCCACAAGGCUUAUGGGACAUAGGUGUCAUUCUCCUGCAGAUCCUUCUGCUCCCAUAUACCUGACCUUGCUAACAAUCCGUAAGUGACUGGCUUAAUUUUUGCUAUUGAAUUAAAAAAAAUAAAAUUCCUUAGGACACUUCAAUAGUUCUUUAAUUUUAUGCCAUCAAUUUAUAAAUGAAUCAACUUAUUUCGGUCACUAACCAGAGUGGGGAAUUUAUAUACAGUGGUACCUCGGGUUACAUACACUUCAGGUUACAUACGCUUCAGGUUACACACUCCGCUAACUCAGAAAUAGUGCUUCAGGUUAAGAACUUUGCUUCAGGUUGAGAACAGAAAUUGUGCUCUGGUGGCGCGGCAGCAGCAGGAGGCCCCAUUAGCUAAAGUGGUGCUUCAGGUUAAGAACAGUUUCAGGUUAAGUACGGACCUCAGGAACAAAUUAAGUACUUAACCUGAGGUACCACUGUACUGUAACACCAUAGGUUCUCUAAAGCACAGCUUUGCAACUGGUUAGAACUUUGGUGGCCCAAGAAAUUUUGCUUCCUGAGGCAAAGCAGCGAAUGCUAUCCCUCCCCUUCCAGUUCAGGUGCAUCAAUAGUAAUGGUAAAAGGCAAGGCGAGUUAUUUUAGUAGCUCAGGUAAGCAAAUCCCACAUAUUACUCCGUAACAAUAAAGGUUGUUCUAUUCCUCCAUAACAAUAAAGGUGCAAUAAGAAUAAAUUAAAUAACGAGCAAUUUGGCAGACAGUCAUAGCUCAGUACCCAACACAAAGUUAGACCAUUUGGUCCACCUAGCUCAGUAUUGGAGAUACUCAGGAGAUGACAGGGAUUAGACCUGAGACUUUCUCAUUUACACACACACACACACACACACACACACACACACUUUUAUUGAAUUUUUCAAAUAUUUUCACAAUAACUGUCAAAUAAAAAAAUUACAUUAUUUCACACAUUGACUUCCCGCCCUUCCCUCCAUAAUGUUUUUACUCAAAGCUUUUCUACUGCAUUAUAUUUUUAUUUAUUACAAAAAGUUUCUCUAUUGCAAUUACUUUGUCAUUUUUCUUCUGUUGCUUUUAUCCAUAUCCUGCCUGUGAUUUCAUUUUGCUGUAAUGCUUUUUCAAACAGUCCAUGAAAAAUCCUCCAUUCUUCUACAAAAAGUUCAUCAUUUUGAUCUCUUAAUUUUGCUGUCAGCUUUGCCAUUUCCCUUUAGUCCAUUACUUUCAAAAGCCACCCCUCCUUUGUUAGAACCUUCUAUUUUUCCCCCAUUUCUGUGCAUAUAAUAUUCUAGCUGCUGUUGUCACAUAUAUAAAUAAAUUAGGCAUCUUCUUUGGAACCCCUGUCCCUAUUAUACAUAUAAAGGAAGCUGGGACUUUCUACAUGCAAAACCUGUUAUCUACCAGUGAUCACUGAUAUGGCCCUUCCAUUGGAACUCAGUGAGAUGUUUCUAGAUGGGGCUUUUCCCAGGUGAACAUGCAUAGGAUUUCAAUGUUAAAGUUGGUUUUAUUUCUUGCUUCACACAUCCCAAAGCAAUUUACAAGAAAAGUAAUAUACAAAACGAUAUCAUAAAACAUUCCCACCAAAUUCAAGGCAGAAAUACCCCAAAUCACCUAAAGCACAGAACAUUCACCCCACACCCAAUGAUUGCAGAUCAGAAGGUCAGCGGUUCAGAUCUGUUUGACGGGGUGAGCUCCCGUUGCUCUGUCCUAGUUCCUGCCAACCUAGCAGUUUGAAAGCACACCAGUGCAAGUAGAUAAAUAGGUAACACUGCGGUGGGAAGGUAAACGGUAUUUCUGUGCAUUCUGGCACUUGUGGUUCGAGGACCCGAUCCCUGCAUAGUGGAAUGAAAACACACGGACACGUGAUAUAAGGUUAAUGGGCAAGAAAAGGCCACAACUUUAUUGAUUACAGCAAGUGAAAAGGUAUUGGCUUAGGCAUUGGAUUACGUCAGUUGACUCCACCCACUCAGAGAGGGGUGAGUCUAGAAAGGGGGGUUUAUUCGCCAGUAGGUAGAGCCUGUUGAUGCUAAUCCAACUAUAAGCUCUCCCCUGAUGUCACUGAGGGUCGUGCCAUGGCCUCCCGCCACACAGGCAUCGGACAGAAUACACGAAAAUGUGGGUGACUCGCGACGGGAUGACGAAGAGUGAGGCCGCGUGGCUGGCGCGGCAGCGAUUUUAUGCUGCUGUCCACGCCCCUUCAAAGGCACCUGGUUGGGUGCCUGCCCGUGGGGCAUGGUGCGCCAGCCAGGUGAGUGGGAGCCAGGGGGCUAACGCCCCCUGCUUGAGGCGGAGACCGGCUCCCGCCCACAACCACUCCCCUCUUUUGCAGGAGGAGAGUCUUUGUCACAGUCCUCCAUGCACCACAAGCAGUUUAGUUAUGCUGGCCACAUGACCCAGAAAGCUGUCUGCGGACAAACAGCGGCUCCCUCAGCCUGAAAAAGGAGAUGAGCUCUGCAACCCCAUAGUCGCCUUUGACUGGACUUAACCAUCCAGGAGUCCUUUACCUUUACCUUUUACCUAGAACAAACACCAGAAACAGUCACUAAAAGUUGGAUCAUUGAUACUGUCCAAAUGCCCCUGAAAAUAAAAAUGUUUUUUCCUGGUGCCAAAAAGAUGCAGAGUCCCUUUCUAAACAUGAUUAACUUGGCAGUAAGCCCUACUGAAUUCACUAGGACUUGUGUCUUAGUAAGCAUGCUGAGGAGUGCUGCCUUAAUUAUGUUUGGCUAUAUCUGAAGUAUCUCUGUUGAUUUUAGUACAAGCCCCAAGAUGUAUAUCAAUAGCUUAUUUACAGAUUUAACCAAUUGUGCCUACGGUGGUAGAAUGAGUGAUGGGGCUGGGUGCGCACAUGGCGAUAAGGAGGGUUUUGGUAGAGUUGCUCAGAUUGUGGCUUCCGUCCAAGCUGUUACUGAAAUAGUAAUGAUUCAGGAGAGUGGAAAUAAUGAUACAAAUGCAGCUCUUAAAUCGUACCAAAUUGCAUCUCCUCUAGUGCCUUAAAUUAAAAUUACUGCUGGGGGGAAAGAGAGAGAGUGAAAUGAUUAGUAUAGCUUUCUGUUGUUAUAUAGCUGAGUUGUAUAGAGCUCCUUCUUCUGCAACCACAACAACAGGCCUAUCUCCAGCAGGGUAACACUUGUGCUGGGAAAGACACCUUUGUUUUGUCACAGCUUCCCAAAGUGCCAGGGUGAGCUAUCCUGGAAAAUGGGAGCAAAUUCUGCCUGGAUUCCCAUCAUCUGAUGGUGCAAACAGAACGUCUCGAAUGUUGUCCCAUAUUUAUUUUGGAGCUACUCUAUUCUAAAACGAGCAGAAAAGAUCAGAACUGAAUUCAGGGAGGUUAUGACCCUCUUCAGGGGUGGGGAACAUUUUUCAACCUCGAGGGCCUCAUUCCUUUAUGGGCAACCCUUCUGGGGGCCACAUGGAAGUGAUGGGUGGGGUAAGAAGCAAUACUGGACAGAGCGACAUAGGUAACCUUUGUACAGUAGGCUCACAUGCCACAGUUACAGUAGGCUCACAUUUCCACAUGUGCAUCUCUCUCCAUUGUCUAUCCAGGCAAGUAAGAGAGGCCUCAUCAGAGCUCAAAAAAACACUCCAGCUAGGUCAGAAUCCUCAAGGAUGACAUGGGGAAGGGUCCUUGAGGGGCAUGGUUUGGGGAAGAGUCCUGAGCAGGGACAAAUCUACUAUGGAACUAAUAAAGUUGAAGCUUCAAGGCCCCUAAUCCCGAAGGGCCCCAGAAGUGACUAUAGUCCACAUUGCUUAAAAUGUUUGGGUCUAGUAGACCCAAUUUGGGUUGUGCAACACAAAUCAAUUUUUUUGUUGUUGUUGCAUGUAUUUCAAUAAUCCCAAAGUUAGCAUCAGUAGCACAGAAGUUGUAAACGUGUGGUGAUCUGUCAUGGAACAAGGGCUUUUUUCUCAGCUAGAACUCUCUUCUAAGCAAUUGAGGGAAGUGUUCAUGUUUAGUUCCAGCACCAUUUUUUCUAGAAAGAUAGCACUGCGUGGAACAACCCCACUGAAGAAGAUAACAGUGGUUACCCAGACCUCGUUGCUGGUUGCAAAGGGGCCCCAUAACAGUUCAAGCUUGAGGGCCCCUAAAAUGUAGGCCUCCUACUGGUCCUGAGGGCCCCAUUCAGCUCACAGACCAGAAGUUCCCCACCUCUGGACUCCAGUUAAAACAAACAAACAAAUAAACCACAUGUGCCGUGACGAUGCUGUUAUGGUGCAGGUUUUUCUUCCCCUGUAAGCAAUACCUAAUAAAGUGCAGCUGAAACAGGAAACCUUUGCCGCAGGGUGAUAUGAUCUCACACGUUUCCAUGGCAACGAGCCCCAAGUUCCGGCCCAAGGCAUGGAGACCCUUCAGGAGCCCUAAAAAAGGAAAUAUGGAUUCCAUGUCCAAUUAAGUGUGCCGUGCUUAGGAAAACAGCCCUGUUGUUUUAUGAAACAUUAUCGUUUGUGUCAAGCUGUAAGAGCUGCUUCUCGCAUCACCAUUUUUAGGGUGGACCCCUGAGAGGUUUUAGCUUCUCUUGGAGAAGAAGGAUGUAGUGACACUAGGGGCAGAGCUUUAUCUGUAGCGUUAUGAGCUAUGUUCCUGAAGGAAGCCCAUCAGGCCACCUCAUUGCUUAGCACCAGGCAAGUCAUUAAAAUCUGUUUAGUUGUCCCAGGCACUUUAAUUGGAGCUUUUUCACAGGGUAGUGCUGCUGCUUUAUCUCAUUUGCUUCUGCUGUCUGUUGACUUUAGUUUUCUUUCAGUGACUCCAUGAUUUGCCCACAGCUCACCUUAUUGACUUCAUUAUUUGGGAAGCACUGAAUAAUAAUAAUAAUAAUAAUAAUAAUAAUAAUAAUUUAUUAUUUGUACCCUGCCCAUCUGGCUGGGUUUCCCUAGCCACUCUGGGCAGCUUCCAACAAAGACCAAAAAUACACUAAAAUGUCACACAUUAAAAACUUCCCUGAAGAGGGCUGCCUUCAGAUGUCUUAUGAAUGUUAUGUAGUUGUUUAUCUCUUAGUCAUCUGAUAGGAGGGCAUUCCACAGGGCAGGUGCCACUACCAAGAAGGCCCUCUGCCUGGUUCCCUGUAGCUUUGCUUCUCACAAUGAGGGAACUGCCAGAAGGCCCUGGGUGCUAGACUUCAGCAUCUGGGCUGAACAGUGGGGGUGGAGACGCUUUUCAGGUAUACUGGGCCGAGGCCGUUUAGGCAUAUCCUCCAACAUUUCUCCGAUCAUAAUGGGGACAUCCCAUUCUAUAAUGUUAGUUUUACUAUUUAUACCCCACACAUCUUACCGGGUUGCCCAGCUACUCUGGACGGCUUCCAACAUAUAUAAAAACCUAAUGAAACAUUAAACAUAAAAAACCUUUCCUAUACAGGAUUGCCUUCAGACAGUUCUGGAGUCGAAUAACUCUAUACCCUCCAACAUUUCUCCAUUGAAAAAAGGGACAUCCUAAGGAAAAGCGGGACAUUCCGGGAUCAAAUCAGAGACUGGGACAUUUUCUCUAAAUCAAGGACAUCCCUGGAAUAUAGGGACAUUUAAAGGGUCUGGGCUGAAUACAAAUUUGAUGGAAUUUAAGUGGUUUUGAAUGUUGCCACAGUGCAAUGAAGGCUGCAAAGGAUUAAGAGGGCAACAGUUGUUUACAUCUAGGGCUUUUGCCAUCUUUUACCUUUCCAGAGGUUGAAACAAAAUUAAAAAAAAUCCUUCCAGUAGCACCUUAGAGACCAGCUAAGUUUGUUAUUGGUAUGAGCUUUCGUGUGCAUGCACACUGCUUUGAAUAGCUCAAUGACAGGCAAAAAUCAAAUAGACACCCUUUUGGAAGCUGCAACGGUGGAACUUCUACCUGACUUUCAGGGCCUCUGUCUGGAAAAAAAGAGAUGCCACUCCCUAUCAGUAUACAGAAGGCCGUUAUAAUCCCAUUCGCCAUAAUAUACUAUUGGUGCAAGGGCUUUGGUUAAAUAACUUGCAGGCCUCACCUAGGUCUACUAUUCUCAGCCACUGUCAAUUUUAGUGGGAGUUCAGAAGUUUAUUGCUGGAUUCAACCUACUACGAUCAUGCGUAGUAAAAGUUCAUGUUGAAAAAUAGUAUUGAGGUAACUCCAGAGCUAGAGAACGCAGACUCAGAUGUGGAGUGGGAAACUUGUACAGUGGUACCUCGGGUUAUAGACACUUCAGGUUACAGAUGUUUCAGGUUACAGACGCUUCAGGUUACAGACUCCACUAACCCAGAAAUAGUACCUCGGGUUAAGAACUUUGCUUCAGGGCGAGAACAGAAAUCGUGCUCCGACGACGCAGUGGCAACGGGAGGCCCCAUUAGCUAAGGUGGUACCUCAGGUUAAGAAUGGACCUCCAGAACAAAUUAAGUUCUGGUACCACUGGUACAGGUACCACUGUAAUGAAAUUAGGACUUCAUCAGUCAUAAGAAAGGACCACCUGGCACAACCAAGGGCAAGUCAGGCUGCUUACAAUUUUCCCAUCAAAUGGUGGGAAUGUUUAUGAAAAAGUGGCUACAAAUAUGAGCUGUAGUUCAGGAUAUGGACAAAUGUAUGCCCCAAUUUCUCCACAUUUUUCUCUCUUAGCUAACCACUCCAUCCCAUGGUAGCCUCACUUUCAUUUCAUUUAAUGCCUUAUCUACCAAGGAGGCACGAAUCUGACCAUUAUUUUGCUUCAUCUUUUUUCCAAUCUUCAGUUCAAUUCACCACUUUUCUGCACUGGUUUGCAAUUAAAGGAAACAAACAAGUCCUUGUGGAAGUUCAUCAGCAUUUAGUGUGCAUUUCUCCUAAUACAUGCAGUUUUGCCACACACAUACACAGGUUUCUAUAUAUGCACUAUAUAUAUAGGUUUCUAUAUAUAAUAUGCAUUGUUGUACACUUUUUUGUUAGACAAUUGCAUCUCAACAUGUGGAGAAGUGCAAGUUUUGAAUGGCAACGGCAUGCUAGUUCCUGCAUUGUUCCAAAAAGUGCAGAUUAGGAAGGUUUGCCUUAAACUGAAAACUGAACAGAAUUUUCUCCCCCAUCCCUGUUAUCUAGAACGUGUUUGUUUGGGGUUUUUUGCAAGCCAAUUGGUGUGAUGAGUACUGAUCUCACAAAGGCACUGAUAUCCAAGACAGUGUUUCAGGACUUUCCUCAAAGGUUACCGAUUCCCCAAAUAUGCUGAAUUACCUUGCAGUCUCUUUCCCUUUUCAGAUACAAACUUUCCCUGUGUUGGCAAAGUGGGUCCUGGGAGAAGGCAAAUGGACAGACAGACAGACAGAUGUGUUGUGAAACAUGCCUAUUUAACAAAUACUCUCUCUUUUUUUAAGGCAACUUAGUUUAAUCAAUUGCCUUGCUUCCCUGUAUCUUGAAAUCUAUGAAUGACAAUGGAAGUGCAUGCAGCAGGAAGGUUUCCCAAUUUAUUUUCAUUGAUUGAGAAAGCCACAAGCAAUGCUGUUUUCCUCCAUUUCAGAGGGGCAAAUGGCACGUUACACACAACCCUGACACCAUUCUUCUCUGGCCUUUGUACAACUUGGAGAAGUGGUCGCUCAAAGUGGGAAAGUAGUAUGGGGAGGGAAAAGGAGUUCUGAAUCCUCUCCCUGCCCACAAUUUCUCAGCCCCAAAUGAUUCAACGUACAUUUUGAUCCAUGAAGGAAGAAGCAUGGCGUAGAGAAAGUACGGGUGUGGAAUGGGUUAAGUACCUCCUUUGCCAUUUCUCCACUCAAAAUCCCCCCCCCCCGGGUGAUUUUCCUGAAAAGAAAAAAGGAGUUUCUCUUGCACACAUUUAUGCUUAGCAUUUAGUUAGCCCCAAAGCAGGCUCCUUGUCCAGCUCUGAGAUUAAUCAUCUCCAUGUCAUCAAACGUAAUGCAUGAAGUGGCCCUCAAAAUCAUGUUGCGAAAAUAUAAUUCAAGCUUCCAAUAUUCCAGCUAGUAACUGAUGUGAAAGAAGUGAAGUGUUCUUUUUUCCCCCCCAGAGCAGAAAAGAUUUAUCAUUAGUAUGACAUGUUAACAUUUGAAGAUGAAGUGCUUCUGUUUCAUAAGAGGUGGGAAUUUGAAUUUGGGGGGUGGGGAACAGAAUCCCAUCAUUUUUUUAAUUGUAGCAGGUCACCAGCCUGAUGGGGCUAAUCAUUUCAUUAAAGGCAAAAGCACAAACCUCGGUAGAUGGGCGUUUGUGUGACGGAAACAAAAGAAACCUACAACAUGCUAAAAUCGUUUAUUGGCGUGCAUCACUUUCCCUGGGAUUUGAGCAGUGACUUCCUAAUUCAGAGUACCUUUCUGAUAACAUUCAAAAUUCAUGACAAUGAAAAAGAAAAAGGAAAAAAAUCACUUGGAGCAUUUCCAGCUGUAAAUAGAAAUAUUAACGUUUGGCUAACGAACAAAGACUUUUUUCUUUGCCUUCAGUGUUAGGGGAAGGGUCAUGGCUCACUGGUGAGGCCACUGCUUUGCUUCCUGAAGCAGAGGCAACAAAUGACACCCCUCACAUUCCCAUCAAGGUGCAAGUCAUUUUGAAAGAUGAAGCAAGGAAAUCCCACAAGCGCAUCUCUUCCUCCAUAGCGUGAAACAUGGAGGGCCAUAGCUCAGUGGCCAUAGCUCAGAGCUUCUCAGCAGUGGUGGUGCGGCACUGCUUGCCCAUCACCAGCAUCACUGCAGAUUACCAGGGUGGGGGGUCAGCAUGGUGUAGAGGCACCGCUGGGAGCACUGGAUUGGCUCCACCAGAGCGUUUGCACCAUGCCAACCUCCCCACUGCCUCGCUCCUCCUCUUCUCCUCCCUGGUAAUCUGUAGCAACACUGGUGGUGGGAGCUCAGGUAAGCAUUGCUCAGCCGCUGACCACCACUGCUGCUUUGCAUGUGGAAGGUUCCAGAAUUCCUGGUAUCUCCAGACAGAUCUUGGAAGGCCUCUUGCCUGAAAACCCUGGAGAACGUCUAGUGAUCAGUGCAGCCAAUACUGAGCUGGAAUGACUAAGGUAGUCCUUCCUGUGUGAAAUUUAGCCUCUGGAAGUUUAAGCAGAUUUGGCAUUGCCAUACAGCAAAGAAGAAGAAGAGGAGGAGGAGGAGGAGUUUGGAUUUGAUAUCCUGUUUUAUCACUCCCCUUCAGGAGUCUCAAAGCGGCUAACAUUCUCCUUUCCCUUCCUCCCCCACAACAAACACUCUGUGAGGUGAGUGGGGCUGAGAGACUUCAGAGAAGUGUGACUGGCCCAAGGUCACCCAGCAGCUGCAUGUGGAGGAGCAGAGAUGUGAACCCAGUUCCCCAGAUUACGAGUCUACCGCUCUUAACCACUACACCACACUGGCUCUCAGUGGCACAACCUGCUUCUGGGAGCACUGUGUGAGGAAACGGAGAGGUGAUGGCAGGAAUUGAGGUCUCAAUGGUGAAGCAGAACUGUUUACAGUGUUUCCUGUUUCCUGUUUCCUCAUCAGGGAAGUGCCAUUUGAGGUCCCCUUCAGAUUAACAUUGAGCUGGCAUUGCCUUUAAAAAUGCAACAGAAGACUAGGUUGCAUCAAGUGUGACUAGGAAGGGGAAAUAAAUACAAUUCAGUUUGCAUUUUAAUAGGAGCAUUGUUAAUUUGCACUUUCUAAUAUAGCACACAGACCAAAUUCCAGCCAUCCGUCAAGAUUUGCACUGCUCUGAAUGUUGCUGUCAGGGAACUGUCAUCAGUGCCGGAGGGAGAGAGCAAAAUCCAGAGGGAUUCCGGAGAGCGUCCCGGGAGUGGGAGAGGCAGCCCAUCUUCUGGGGAAGAGAAUCAGCGUAGCACCAGUGGAGAAGGGGGGCAGAUGGGGGAAGCGGCAAGGCGGUCCCAUGACUCCUUGCCGGGGACCAGCGGGGAGAGUAGAGGUCCUCCACUGCCUACGCCCUCCUUGCGCAGAAGGCUUUAGCGCAGAGAGAGUAGGAGGAGACUAGGCGUCAAAGAGCUUCUUUGCUGGAAGAAGUUUAAGAAAUGCCCACUGAUGGAUUCUGCCAGCGAUUGAGACAGCCACGGGCGAGUGGCUGUCCGGACAGGAAAGGUUCACUCAGGCAACCCAGCCAGGUGUUUGCACCAGCUUACGCACGAGCAACCCCUAGAACCACUACAGUUGCAAAGCAGUUCUCUGUCCAAAGGUUGUGCACACACAAAAUGCACAUAUUAGGGGGAAAUGAGAACAAAUGUGUUAUUAGUAGCUUUAAAAUGUGUGUAUUGGGAGAAAUAGGUGCUAACAUGCCGGUCAAUUUUUGUGAGGAUUUUUAAAACAAAUUCAAAGUGGUGCAAAAAUGUGGUGAACCAAUUUUAAGAUUGGAAAUAUGAGAAACUGAGUGAAACUGAAACAGACAGAGUUGUUCAUCCCCAGGUAUGGCUUUCCCUUUUACAAUGCUAGGAGAAGCCAAAGCUGGUACCUUCAGCUUGCUUUUUGGAGAAGGCUGUCUGUAUCUCAAUAGCAGAGCACCUGCUUGGCAUGCAAAAGGUUGUGAAUGUCCCCUGUCUGAAACUCUGGAGAGAUGCCACCAGUUAGACAACACUGAGCUAGUUUGGCCAAGAGUUUGACUUUCUAUGUUCAAAUGCUUCCUGUGUUCCUCUGUUCCAAAACUUGGGAGAGUCACAAGUGGCUCAGCUGGGCUCUGGGGUACAUGUUAUGAUAUAUUUUGUCCAUUUCUGCUGUGUUCUAAGCACAUCACAGGACCAUAAGCCCUGAGAAGAAAGGGAGGCAUCAAUAUCUUUUGUGAUGAAAGGCAGGACAUAGAAAUGAAAAAUGAAAAUUACAAGGGCUGUAACCUCAUGGGUAGAGCCAGUGCUUUGCAUGCAAAAGGUCUCAUGUUCGAUCCCAGGUAAGGCUAUUGCCAGGUAAAAUGGGGGAAGACUCCUGCCAGCUUCCUACAUUCCAAUGUAAAAAUAAAAGUGACAGUAUGAUUGGUAGAACCUCACAUCAGGAGCAUCUUGCGACUGAAGGUCAGUUUGGAAUCUGUAGAGAAGGGAAGCCAGUCAGAAGAGAGGAACAUGCUGCAAAGGGAUGGAGACUGUGACAGCUCUCAGCCAAAUUGGGAUUUUGGCAGGCAGUUGCCUCUAUGAUAGUAACCUGUGCACAGCCAGGCUUGUGAGCCAUCCAGUAGAUUCUGAGGACGAAUUGCUCGCCAUAUAUCAUGACCUGCUUUACAACCUCUCUCAUUUUUAGCGUUUCUACACAACUAGUUUGGGGAAAAUGACAGGCAGUUUGUUGAGCUCCUGGUGGACUCCAGUACAGUGGUACCUCAUGUUAUGGAUGGGAUCCGUUCCGGAGGCCCAGCCAUAAUGUGAAAUGCCUGUAACUUGAAGUGCGUCUGCGCAGGCGCACGGUGCAAUUUGGCACUUCUGCACAGGCGCAAGCGGCGAAACCCGGAAGUAACCUGUUCUGGUACUUCCGGGUUGCCACAGGACGUAACGUGAAAAGACGCAACAUGAAGCGGACACAACACAAGGUAUGACUGCACAUAGCUACUAGGCUUUGUUUGGCUUUGUGGGCCACAAGUCAUGCAAUUUUGCUCCUGCAACUCGGAUGCAGUUGCUGUGUGUGCUGAAAAAAUGCCUCACCACCACUGCUAUCCACCUAGGUCGUCAAAAAGGGCAAGCCAUUGUGGCAGGACCCAAAGUGAGACCUCUGAUCAUAAACCCAGCAAAAGCAGGAGAUCACCUUAGCAGGAACAUUUGAUGCAGUGACUUGCAGGAGGCAAUGAUGGAAGGAGAUCUGUGAUUGAGAGGUACAUCUCACACUGCAUUUUGCUUCCUGCUUAACUUGAAAGCCUCAGUUCAUCAAUUCUGAAUAAUAGCCAUCAGUGGCUAUUGAGAUCUGUGUUCACAUUUAGACUGUGACUCUUCAGUUGUGAGAACAGAAUAACGAUAUGACGCAUUUUUGUGAUUAAACAGGAAUUGUUUAUUCAUUAUAGAUUCUGGAUUUUGCCCCCUGUUGGGCAAAAUAUUACAAUUGCAAUAUUAAAGAUAUGCAUUUCUUUCACAUUUCCUUCCUGGUUACAAUGUGCCCUUAGCCUGCAUUCAUAAAAAGGUGGUGCAGAAAGUAGAUAUUGAUUACCAUUCAUUACCUUAUACAAAAGAGACCCCAGACAACUAAUUAUGAAUAUAUAAGAAAUGAAUACGAUAAGUGCAUAAAAUUUUAAGACAGCACUAAAAAGUGACAAUGCACUGAGGUUUUUUAAAAAAAUGUAUUUCUCCCACGACAACAUCCGUAUAAUCCCCAGAAAAACUGACCAGUUAAAAUAGCCAAUGAAAAGGUGCUCUCCAAAGCAACAGAAAAAGUACAGCAAUCAAAUGCCUGGGAGAGGGAGGAAAGUCUUCAGCAGAUGCAAAAAGGAUGAAAAUGUAGGUGCCAGGUGAGUUUCCUUGGGGGGAGUGUUCCAUAAACAGGGGGCCACCGCAGAAAAGACUCUCUAUGAUGGCACUUUGAAGGAGGUCUUCCAAUGAUGAGUUCAGGCUCCAUGUAGGCUGAUAUGGAAAUAUGUGUUCCAUAAGGAACUGGGGUCCAGAGCCAUGGAAGGUUUCAUAGGUUAAAACUAGCACUGUAGAUUAGGCCCAGAAAUGUACUGUAAGCCCAUGCCUAACAUCAACAAGAUGGGAAGCCUUUAAAGCAGUAUGACGAACCUUUGGCCCUUCCAUUGUUGUUGGACUCCAGCUUCUUUCAGCUCCAGCCACCAUGUCCAGUCUUCUGGAAUGAUGGGAAUUGCUGGAUUUGGGUCCUCUGGCUACCCUUAUGUUACCAUGAUUGUCUGAAAUAGGACAGUGACUAUUGACUGUUGGCAUUUUUGUGAAUACAGUGGUACCUCAGGUUAAGUACUUAAUUCGUUCCGGAGGUCUGUACUUAACCUGAAACUGUUCUUAACCUGAAGCACCACUUCAGCUAAUGGGGCCUCCUGCUGCUGCCACGCCGCCGGAGCACGAUUUCUGUUCUCAUCCUGAAGCAAAGUUCUUAACCUGAAGCACUAUUUCUGGGUUAGCGGAGUCUGUAACCUGAAGCGUAUGUAACCUGAAGCGUUGCGGUACCACUAUACUGACAAUCCCAUUUAUAUAUAUAUCAGAAAAUUGAUUUGUGUUUGACCUCUUUUUAGAUAUAUACCAGUGAAUAUUCAUGAUGUAAAGAGUUUUCAGACAUUGCCCAAAUGUGUCUGGAUUUACCAAUAUACACAAGUGAGCAUCAACAGCCAUGUCUUUUGGAUAUUCACUGUAGCACAUGUGCACACACACUGUAAGUGCAGAAAAACGAGUAAAAAAUCAUGAACUUGUCAACCCAGUGCUGUAAAGAGGCAUUCUGUUGUGCUACAAUACUUCUUGGGAAGACAGCGAUAGCAAGCCUAAGUUGCCUUGCUAGGAAGUAAGUUUGAUUGGGUUCACUGGACAUUCUUGCUAAAUGAGCUUAUUUAGGAUCAGGCUAAAAUCAAGAAGUCAUUCUCAUGCAAUUUUGGACCUUUUGAUGCUAGAGCAUUUUUAGCCAUUGCACAAUACUUCUCUAAUUGAUUUCCUAGUGACAGUGGCAUCAUAUUCCAUCUGCAUGUAAUGGGUUGUGUUGUAUCGCAUCUAAAAUAUUAAAGCUUGCAGCCAAUAUAGCCUCACCACUGUCUGCUUAUUUUAAAAUCUGGCUAGACGUGCACUUCUGCAUAAUAGCAGUGGACAGCUUCCCAAAAAGUAUUUUUUGAAAAAUCCCCUUCACUUUGAUUAAGUAAAAUUAAAACAAAAUGGUCGCAGAAUGUUGUGGGCCUCACACAAAAAAGAUGGGGCACUGCAGUGGACACAUAUCUGAAUUAUGAUUGACAUUUUUAAUAAACAAAUCUGACUAGAUGGUGCUCCCAUGCUGGACUUGGUCUGUUUUAUUUCCAUGGGUCAAGCACAUAGUUAAAUCUUUCCCACUGAAAUGGUUGGGUCUUGAAAACAUUUAAGAUUAACUUUAACUUAUCUGGAUUGUGUCUAAACAUGGGUGUUUUUUUUUAAUUUUAAUUAACUGUGUCUACUCCUUCUUUGAUGUCGUUUCCAUCUUUCUUAUUGGAACAGCCAUGCCCAAGAGAGUUUAUAAAAUAAAUCAGGGAAGUCUGUUCUGAGUCAUGAUAUUAGGAGUGAUCUAGUCCCUCAUAUGCCACCCCUUCUUAAAUUUUAUCUGCAUUUGUUGAGAUUAUACUUAAUGAAUGGUGGAUCCAUUACUCAGAGGCGGGCAAGCUACAAGGGUAAGCUGGUCCUUGUUAACAACACAAAGUUAUCCAGAUUUUGCCUUGUUAUAACACCAUCCCACUGCCACACACACACAAAAACCAAUGCUAAGAUGCUGGGAAUCUAUACUGCUGGGCAAUGAUCAUUCUGGCACAGCAUAUAGACAAAUAUAGUUGUCGCAAACCAAAGCAUUUUAAAUUUCUACUUUCAGAAUGGCAGAGCCUAGUAAAAGGAAGAAAAGGGCCUCGAUUAAAGCAGGAAUGGGGAACCUGUGACCUUCCAGAGGUUGUUGUACUACAACGCCCUUCAUUCCCAUGCUGGCUGGGGCUGAUGGGAGUUGGAGUCCAACCACAUCAAAAGGCACCACCCCCACCCCCGAAUUAAAGCAUCCUUGACAAGCUGCCUAAGACUUUUGCACCUUUGCAGCUAACAGAGUGAAGGCCUGACUGUCUAAAUGCUGCACAGACUAAGGCUGCUGCAAUCAGAAAAUGAAGCUAUCAAAGGCAGGACCCCUUCAUGUAGACGCAUGGCAUAUAUGGCAUGUUGUGGUUGUGAGGCUGAAUUUAAUCAUUAGCUGAUCUGGACAUCAGAGAGAUCUGAUGGGAGAGAGCUGGGGAGCAUAAUCUUGAAUAGGUAUGGAACAUCUCAGGCUGUUCAUGUUCCCCAAAGAAUCUGGGCCUGUAAAUUGUAAGCCAAGCACUGGUGGUGAUGAUAAAUAAUAUUAUGGUGGGUUUGUUCAUAGAUGUUGCUUUUCAGCCACACACAAAAUUCCUCUUCCUCCAUUUUGGCUCCCAUGCAUGCCUAGCCUUCCAGGUCUGGACAUUAGACGAAUCCUCUGCAUAGUAGGUCCGCCAUAGAAUCAAUCACCCUCAUUGGUGCUGUGUUCUCCCUUGCUGGAGGUCUUGAAGCAGAGGCAGAAUAGAUAUCUGUUGGAAUUAUCUCUGGAUUUCCCACCUCAGACAGAGGGUUAGACUACUACCAAGCAGCCUAUAAGGCUUUGUUUAACUCUGUGCUUUUCUUCUAAUUUUUAAUUGCAAAUAUAGCAGAAAACAGGAGACAACGUCAUUUCCCAUUAACAAUAAGAAUAAUCCACCUUACUAUACACCCUAAUCUUACUAUACACCCAAAUUGGUAUCCAAAUGAGAUUGUUGAUUAUUAAGAUAGAUGUUCAACUGUGGAAGGACCACUGAGGAAUGGAUGGUGGGUCUUCACCUUUCCAACCUUGAAGCACAAGUCUCUUUGCAACCAUAAGGACUCACAAGCGCCACUUUUUAAUGCCUUGAUCAAUGUAUACAUUUCACCAUUAUAUUACUGGUUUCUUUGUUGCAGUUGUAACAGGUGUAGAAACUCAUGCAUGGUGCAGACAAACUGAAUAGAGAAAAUGUUCUCUUGCACCCUCAUAAGACUAGAACUUGUAGACAUCCUUUGAAGCUGAGUGUUGGAAGACUUAAGACGGAGAAAAGAAAAUCCUUCUUCACACAGCACAUAGUUAAGACUUUGGAAUUUCCUCCCACAAGAAGUGAUGGCCACCAACUUGGAUGGCUUCAAAAGAGCAUUGGACAAAUUAAGUGCUUUUUUUUUUCCUAGAAAAAGAGGUGCCGGAACUCACCAUGAACGCCUCGCUUGUUCUCCUAUAAUUGCUAUGGCACCCAUCUGAGAGGUGCCGGAAUUGUGUUCCAUCAAGUUCCAGCUGAAAAAAAGCCCUGGAUAAAUUUAUGGUUAUCAAUGGCUCCUGCCCACAACUGCUAUCUUCUUCCUCCUCUAUCAGAGUCACUAUGGAAUAGCUGCUGAGACCAUAUAACACCGGUCCUAAAAGACCUACAUUGGCUCCCAGUACAUUUCCAAGCACAAUUUAAAGUGUUGGUGCUGACUUUUAAAGCCCUGUACAGUGGCACCUAGGGUUACAGACGCUUCAGGUUACAGAUGCUUCAGGUUACAGAUUCCACUAACCCAGAAAUAGUACCUCGGGUUAAGAACUUUGCUUCAGGAUGAGAACAGAAAUCGUGCGGCGGUGACGCGGUGGCAGCAGGAGGCCCCAUUAGCUAAAGUGGUACCUCAGGUUAAGAACAGUUUCAGGUUAAGAACGGACCUCUAGAACAAAUUAAGUUCUUAACCCAAGGUACCACUGUAUACCUGAAGGAGGGUCUCCACCUCCAUCGUUCAACCCGGAUACUGAGGUCCAGCUCCGAGGGCCUUCUGGUGGUUCCCUCACUGCAAGAAGUGUGGUUACAUGGAACCAGGCAGAGGGCCUUCUCAAUAGUGGCACCUGCCCUGUGGAAUGCCAUCCCAUCAAAUGUCAAGGCAAUAAACAACUAUCAGACUUUUAGAAGACAUCUGAAAGCAGCCCUGUUUAGGGGUUUUUAAUGUUUGAUCUUUUAUCAUGUUUUUAAUAUUCUGGGGGGAGCCGCCCAGAUUGGCUGAGGAAAGCCGCCCAGAUUGGCUGGGGAAACCCAGCCAGAUGCCUGGGGUAUAAAUAAAUUAUCAUCUUCAUCAUCAUCAUCAUCAUCAUUAUGCCUAUGGAUGCCAAUGGCUGGAAAUCACAAGUGGAAAGAGUGCUGUCAUGCUCAGGUCCCUUUUUUGCACAUCCUGUAGCCAUCUGGUUGGCCAUUGGGAGAGCAGGAUGUUGGAAAGGAUGUUCCUAUUUUCAUUGGAGAAAUGUUGGAGGAUAUGCUAGUUGGGCCAUUGACCUGAUCCAACAGGCUCUUCUUAUGUCCUUAAUGCAAUGAAGAUUAAAAAAAAUACCUUCUUGGCAGCGCAUGUCAUAGUGAUCUUAAAAGUAAGAAGGCGAGGCUCAUCAAGAUGCCAGGAAAACAGAGGGAUAGUGAUCAAAGUGUCUUUGAUUCAGUACCUUUCACUUUAUGCAGCUGACUGUAUUCCUUGAUUUUUUUAUUGAUACCUCCCCACUAACUUUGAAGAGUCGGUCCAUCUAAGUAUUAUUUCACAAGAAGUGGGGAAAUGGCUGUCACAAUUGCAUUUACUCAAUUUUCAUAAAUCACUUUUCAAAAUGAUGAUUCCCUGCCUCGGCCCUCUGGCUCAUUCAGCCAGCCCAGUUCCCAUCGGCAAUUGUCUAAGGCAAACACAGAUUGAUGUGGCGGUGGCAGAGAAGAGGUGCAGCCUGCUGUCUGUCCUCUGCCUCUGUUCCUCUUGGCCAGCUCACAUGGCUCCUUCCACAUUGCACAGAGCAAACCGUGAUAGACUUGAGCAAACGAGAAAUGCAAUUCAAGCGCAGCUUGCCAAGCACCACCGGAACACAAGGCUGUCACACCUUGUGAAGAAUUAGGGGACAGCAAGGGAAGCUUAGCACGCAGCACCAUGAAAAUGAAUGUCUUUAAAUAUAUCUUAAUAUCACAGUGGGAUUGACAGCUCUAAUAUGAGAUUGCUUUUCUUUUUUUAAUGUAAAAGAUUUAAUUCCAGGGGGGCACUCAGGCUGCAACCAGUUGAAGUAUGGUGAGAUUAAAAAUAUAUGUAAUUAUGAUCUUCUUAAAUGAUGCACUGGGCGGGGGGGGGGGGGAGAAUCAGCAAGAAUAAGAAGACAUUUUCUUCUUGACUGCUAAAUAGCUUUUCUAUAUAUUUUAAGAUUUGUAUUCCACUGACUUUUGUUGUGGAGUUUUUAUAUAACACAUAUUUUGUGAGUGCAUAACUCAAAUCAUGUUAAGAGACCGGCUAUAUAGAAAAAUGAAAAAAAAUUAAUAUGCACAUGUCUUUAACACAUUUUACUAGUGACAGCAUUUUGCUUUUGUUUAACCCCUACUAUAGCAUCGAAGUUCACUGUCCUAAUCUCACUCAUCAGACACCCACCCGCCUACCCUAUUUCAUGUUGCUAUAGCCUCUUCUCAAUCUGGUUUAUGUUAUUCAUUUAGAUUGAAGCGUAGUCAUUAAACAGUUGUGCUUUUUUGAUUAAUUAUAUAUUAGAGAUUAGGGAAUCUGUCCAUUUCAGUUUCUUGCUUUUCCAAUCUUUUCAGCUGUCCUAAUUUCACAUCAGUUUGUGAUGUUUUUAUUUUUAAAAGGUCUCAUGAAAAUAUGUACACAUUUUUGCAAGCAAUUUUCUUGAAAUUGUUUCUCUAUGCUAACCAGGAAGUGCUAUCUCCAGUCAAUGGAAUGACUAUUCCUAUCUCUGCGGCUGUGACCUCCUGGGUGAUGCAAAUGCCAUUAGGCAGUUCAAUGUGCAUGUGUACUCCGUUCAUUUCCCUCCUUCCCACUUCUGCCUCCCGUGUGGCCCCAGGCACUGGCAACCCAUGCUACGUCACUGCCAGAGGGUAGUAAGUGGAGUGAGAGAGUGUUAUGAUCAGGAUGCAGGCCUUACAUUGCACGCAAGUCUCUUCUAAAUGAACUAGAGCCGUGAUCUCCAGUGAUGCUCCCAAACACUAAAGGAUCAAAAGGAAGCUGCCCUGAGCAGACAGGGUGCAGGCGAUGUGGUUGUGGUGAGGAUUCCACAUUUCUCUCAUGUAUAGAAACAAUUAUGGAAUAGAAGGGUAUUAUAAAUUUCAUCCCUAUUUCACAGCCCUUGACACGAAUCUGAAAACAAAUUUUUGAUUUAUUAAUGCCAUCCACGCCACUUCCCAGACAAAGGAACUGGACAGGGGGAAAAAAGAGACUGCAAUUCUGUGCUCCGAAUAGCGUUUUGAAAGCCUCUGGGUAUUUUUUAAUAUCACGCUUCUCAAUGUUAAUCUCUAAAGAUCACUGAACUUGCAUUAAAUCUACAGAUAAAUAAUGUUACACAGUAUUACGGAGGUGAUAAAAUGUGGAAAGCUGCCGUAACCUUCUAGGUGGAUUUUCGUGUCUAGGAAAGAGGAACUUUACAAUGCUGGACUACCAUUUGCAGGUGGGGGCAAUCUGUCAGUACAAAGGAAUAAUGUAAGGGCAUUUAGCAAGUUGCUCUCUUUUGUGCUAUUGGGUGGGCUUAACCCACAGGUCUCUAGGACUCAUGGCUUGCCAAGGCAAAGGCAGCUUACCAACCCUAGACUGGGGCUUGCUGGGUCUUUCACAAUAACACCUUUUUUCUGUUCCAGGCAGGCUGUAAAACCAGUUUUCACUGAGCCUUUGGUAAAUGGCUGGUGGCUCUCAAAAAUGGGAGUUUGAAUGGGGGCUGCUUUAAUAAAGGCAGUGGUGUUCACAAUUUCCAGCCCCACUCCCCGUUUGAAUAAUUGUCUGACCCCUAAAGGAGGGCUGAGCUCUGUUCCACUCCAGGAACCGAGUUGGGAUCACAUGAGCCUGAAACUCACCAUGACUUGAACCUGAUAACUAAACCAGGGCUGGGCACUGUGGUGACCUGCAGAUGUUCAACGCCAGGCAGUAUGGCCAACGGUUACAAAAGAUGGGAGCUGUAGCAUCUGGAGUGUACCAUGAAGUCUACCUCUCAACUAAACCAUGGUUUGGGUCAGGUGUGAUGACCCAGUGGCCCUCCAUAUUUUCUUGGACACCGAUUCCCAUCAGCCCCAGCUAGCAUGGCCAAGAGUUGGGGAUGAUGGGAGUUCUAGUCCAACAAAUUCUGGAGGGGCACAGGUUCCACCAUCCAGGUUUAGGUGAUUAACAGCAUCAACAGUGAGUGUUGCCUAAAUAGGAAUUAACCAUGUUCACUUGAAGACAGGUCUGGACCACUGAUGAGGCAGGGCGAGGCAUCUGCCUCGAGUGGCAGAAGCCCCAGAGGUGUCAUCCACCUGAACUCUACCACCCUUCCCACUAUCUCCUCCUUCAGCGGUGGCACCAUUUUCCACUUGGUCUCAUGGAACAUAUGAGCUCUUAUGAGACUUUGGUGAGAUCUCAUCAGAUCUCACCGGAAGUCAGUGCCGCUGUGGGUGCUUCUCAGGUGCCGCCACACAACACAAGUAAGAUGGGCACAAUGUUGGUGGCAGGGCGGCAUUAAGCAGGGGUGGCAACAUGUUCCAGUUUUGCCUCAGGUGGUGAAACGGGAUGUGCUCCCCCUGCCUGAGGGUGUCUGAAAAGUGAGGAAAUAUGCUGGUGUGCCCAGAUAUUCAGAAAACCCACCAGAUGUUAUCAACAUUCAGCUUUGAACAUUGACAUUAACCAAAUGCUGGGCAUUCACUGUAACACACACACAGUUUGCUUUUUGUCUAGAUAUUGUGUGUAUUUGGGCAGAUAUCCAAAAAGUAUUCUUUAGAAUAUUUGUGUUGUCCUUUUAGAAGUAGCAUGACCAAUACAUUAUUUUUCUGUGAUUCAAGCGGGGGAAAUCAGAAUCUCGUUACUUAGCUUCAAGCUGAUUCCUGAAGAACUUGCUACACACCUUUUUGUUUAUCAGCUUCCUCUUUAAAAAGCCAGUGCAGAAGAUGAAGGCAUGUGGACUUUUUGAAAUCACAUGUGGUGAUAUGUUCUAUGGAUGUUUAUCAGACCUACAACAGCCAGGGGUGAUUAUACUUCUCUCUCUUUCUUUCUCUCUCUCUCUCUCUCUCUCUCUCUCUCUCUCUGCAGUUUGCUUGGCUUUUUUUAAGAGGUGUUUUUAUUUUCCUUUUAACAAAAUCAUAUUCUGAUCCCAAUACCUGAAUUCCACAUACCGUGUGAUGAAAUCAAUAUACAUCUCUACAAAAGCUGGCAGUUUCUGGAUUUUAUUCCCUGCACAUUUUCAGAUAUUCCCUCCCCUCUUCCCAUGCUCUCAUUCUUUUUUUCUUUCCCCCCCAAAUACAGGCAUAAAUGGCGAAACUAAUAAUACUGUGGCAUUCAUCAUGAUCUAGCUGAAGACUAAGCAAAGUUUAGUACGUAGUAAGCUAAUAAAGGGGGAGAAAAAAUGAAAAAGAAAGCUUCCCCUGCUAUUGAGGGGAGGGGGGCUAAUGCAAGAAACACCAGAUCAAUAUGAGUAGACCUGAGUUGAAAAAGACAAGAUUUAAGAUCAUAUCUGAAGGAACUUAUUGACUUAGCUUUUCUAAACUGAAUGCCAGAUGUGGGGUGAAUAACAAACAAAUAAAUGCGUGCAUUGCACAAAUCUUUAGCCUGUGUUUUCUUGCAGCCAAUAGGAUGCCUCCCUGA